AUGGGCAACGAGGCCAGCCUGGAGGGCGGUGGAGCCGAGGGGCAGCUGCCCCCCGGCCCCGCCGCCGGCCCCUCCACGUCGCCCGGGGCUGCCAAGCCGCCUUCAGCACCAGGCAGCGGAGGACAGCUCCCUCCGGGCAGGGCUCCAGCCGCCGCACCGGGCCCCGCGCAGCCGCACGGACCCUCCGCCAGGUGGGAAGCGCAGACCGGCUGAGCCGGGCUGGAGGGGAGGGGUCGCUCGAGGGCAACUUGGUCUGUCAGGGCCGAGGAGGAGGAGGAGCAGGGCUGGAGGGAGUGGGGAUUAAGGGCGAAGUGCAACUGGGGAACCCUCUGCUGCGGGGUGCCCGGUGGGGCUGGGCAUGAGCUGGGAGUGCGAGAGAGGAAUGGGGCAGCAGAGGGCAAGGCUCAGCCUCUCGAGACGGCCAAGAGAGAUGGGAGAAAAAGAUCGGGUGCAACCCGGAGGGGUCGCCAGCUCUUGUAGGGGAAGGCUCUGGACAUGAUUCCUCUGUCGGAAUGAGUGGAUGUGGAGAAACAGAAAGAUGGUUGGGCCUGAGUGGUAGCUUUGCUAUGUGUGCAUUAUUUUAAGGGAAGCCCCUUGUUUUCAGAGGCACUCUUUCGAUCCCAGAGAGUCAAGGCUCCCUAGAGCAUAUUGAUACCUCUUAUUUUGGGAAUGCUGAUCUCUGACCAAGCUCUGUGGUAUAGUUUUGGUGGUGUCUGAAGUGGAGGAAAGGCUGUGUUGGGUUCCAUUUGAGACUCAUCUUUUAAAGGAGAGUAUGCAGGAAUCUGCACAUAUUUGAUGCAGCGAAUGAGAUCCAUCUAGCUGGAUGGUGCUGCAAAAGGCAUCGGAUGGAGGACCAGAUGGCACAUGGGCACAUACAUGCAUAGGAUGCAGACACUUCCACAGAGUGUCGUAGUGCAGGCUAGUAUCAGGGAGAGGGGAGCAGAGAAACAUGAAUGGGAUGUUGAUUACACAGAGGAUGGGAAAAGUGACAUGCAAAACAGAAGAUCAUGGUUUGUGGGUAAAGAACUAAGCAAGCACCCUUUUUCAAUGUGUGUGUUGUCAAGACUUCUGGCUUAAGUCAUCUACAACAUCUACAGACAAACAGGUCGCCCUUCUCACAACUAGAUCAUCUUGGCCAGUUACAUUGCCCUCAUGCUUGUUUAUAAUGAUACAAUUGAUGGUGCUUAAGGCCAUUAUGUUGAGUACAGUUUAUAUACCCUGCAUGUGGUUGUCCUAAUUGCAGACUGUUUGAAAUAUAUAUAAAAAGAAUAAUAAUAAUAAUAGUAGUAGUUAUGUAAUCUCUACAUCAGUGUAUAGAAAUAAUAGAACAAAAACAUCAGUGCUCUGUGUAGUUUCUCCUAAAAAGGAAAACAAAACGUGACAGGGUGAGGGUGGAGAGUAGUAUAAUGAUUAGUUAUCAUGCAGCAGAACACUACAUUUAGAAGAAAUUUUAAAAAAUAACAUUUGCUACCAAUAAAUGUAGAACUUUAGUGUUAGAAAGCAGAUGAAAAUAAAAAGUUAGUGAAAAAAUGAGAGUAAUCUUUUCAAUGUUUUGUAGCAAGAUACUGGAUAUAUAUGUGUGUAUGUGCUAAUAGGUACUGAGCCAUUUUUGUCGAAAAGCUGAGUAGAAUACACUAAGAAGUGUAUCACCCUUGUUCAUAUGUUUAAAAAGGGCUUGCGCUGUUAAAUGCUCCAUUAUUACAAGGAGAAUGCAAUAGUAGAUUCUGGAAGAAAUCAAAUUGCUUAUUUUUCUGUAUUAAGGCUAUGUUGAAGCAGGAACCUUCUUUAUCGCCCUUUAAUGCCAAAAGUAUUAGGUCCUGCCUGAACUUGGAUUUUUCUUAUCAUUGGAUUUUUGUCAUGAGUUUGUAGAAGAAAUCUAUUAAACUAUGCUGAUUGAUGUUCUGUAUUGAUCCCUUUACAUUUUUUAAAGGCAACAAUUAUCCAUCACCUAUCUUCAAAUUGGUAUAGAUCUGUUUUAAUAGCAUCUUUAAUCCUAAAUCUCUUCUGAAAAUGUACAUAAUCUGUUUGUAGAAUUGUCAUUUGCAUGUAGAGGAAAUGGUGUCGGAAUUGUGAUGUGGCAGUUCUUUCCCUCUUGCAGGGUAGCCUUUGCACAUUACUCCUCAGCUGAGUUUAGGGGGGAUGUAGGCAAAGCAUUGGUGCAUAUGCAAGUUGUAUAUACAGGCAUGAGAGUUAAUGGAUGUUGAAAUAAUUAGGCAGAAUGAACUUGUAUAAGAUUUGGAAGGAGUGUGUGUAGUCUGUAGCUAAGCUAGCUAGCUAGUUGUUGUUAUGAAAAGGAAAGAAGUGUGUUUAUGUUGGGACCUGUAGCAGGAUUAUUUAGUUUCUGUGGCCUGGAAGGUUUCUUUAAGUCUGCAGUUCAGGCUCAAUUAUGCACCAUAAAAGUGUUACUGAUGGAGAGCUGAGUGUUUUGAAGCAUCUGCGCAUUGAGGCUUUUCCGUGACACUCCUGCCAUGGUGUGUCGAAGAACAGAACUGGGAAACUAUCCAAGUACUAAUACAUCUGUGCAAACGUACUAGACACUCUUCCAAACCCAGACAAUCAGCACAACCCUGUUCUCUCAAAACAAGCAUCCUAUCAUAUCCCUGUCACGACUAAUAGAUGCUUAUUCUGUCAGCCUUAUAGUCCUUUGCUUAGGGAAUGCGCAGGAGUAAUCACGAAUAUGGGCAGUUUCCAGAGUGGUAGCCAUGUUAGUCUGUUGCAGCAAAAACAACAAAGGCUAAGGAUGUUAAUUAAAAGCACCUUAUCCAAUAUUAGAAAUUUCUCUGUGCCAAAAAAAGGUGUUUGGACCUGACUUCAGUUUUAGAAAGGUUGUUUUGCUUAAUGAAUAAUAGAGCCUAUUAGGUCAACUUACUGCACAGUAUAGUUAAGAUUCCACAUGUUUACUACCUAUAAGUGUUUCAGAAGCAGGUGAGCCAAAUCCAUAUAAAACAUAGGAAUGGGGAAAUAUACUAUUUCAGAAUUAUUAAUGUUGGUUAAUAUCCCUGUGGAUGGUAUCAGUACCAGGCUAGGGCCAUAGCUCAGUACUAGAGCACAUGCUUUCCGUGCCAGAGGUCCCAGGGCUUAAUCCAAUAAGGGCUGGGAAUACAUCUUGUCUGAAAACCUAGAGAAUCACUGGAAGCCAGUGUAGCCAAUACUAGAUAGAGCAAUAGUCUUACUUGGUGCAAGACAGAUUCCUAUAUUACCUCCUAUAUUGCCAUGUGCAUGAUGCAUCUUGGUGUACCUGUUUGAAGUUUCACACUGGUCCUUGGGUUGAAAUCCAGUGUGUAUUUACUUGGAGGUACAGGUAUUUACUUGAAGUUGCUUGAUCCCUGCUCCUGCCAACCUAGCAGUUCGAAAGCACGUCAAAGUGCAAGUAGAUAAAUAGGUGCUGCUCCGGCGGGAAGGUAAACAGGGUUUCCAUGCGCUGCUCUGGUUCGCCAGAAGCGGCUUAGUCAUGCUGGCCACAUGAACCGGAAGCUGUACGCUGCCUCCCUUGGCCAAUAAAGCGAGAUGAGCACCGAAACCCCAGAGUCAUCCAUUACUGGACCUAAUGGUCAGGGGUCCCUUUACCUUUAAGCACCAUGAUUGAACUCAGUAGGACUUACUUCUGAGGAAACUUGCAUAGAAUUACACCAUAAAGCUUUCAGUUAGGUUCUUUGUGAGUUCCGAAUUGUACUAAUUCUCCCCUCCCAAAUAUUCAGUAUGUUUAGAACCAUGGAUUCAGCUAUAUCUGUUUCCCUUUUGAUAGGACUAUAGGCCAAGAUCUUCUGAACGAUUCUCAAAUUCAACAUUUUAACAAAAUAUAGCAGCGGUUAAUGUGGGGCAAUAUGUAGCCACAUGUAAAUAUUUAUUUAUUAUUAAUCUCUUCCCAUUCAUGUCUCAAGGUGAUGUACAAAAUAAAAUCAGGGAGCAAGCUAGUCACAUACAGUAUAAACCUUUAAAGGUCUUACUGACUUUCUUUUAACUCAAGUGCUUUCCAGAUGUUUCCUUUAUCUCUUAGCUGCCUUUACUUUAUCUAAAAGGCACCUUGAGUCCUAGUCUGGGAAAAAUGUGGAGCCUAAAUAAAUAUAUAAUAAUACUUUUUAUCAGUGAAGCUUUCGAAAUAUAUAUAUUUCCCCACUCUCAGUAUACAAUCUGGAAAGACACAACACAAAAGGAAAAGGGUUGAGGAGGGAAGAAUGAAAAGAGGCAAACUCGGGCACCAAAUUCUUACUAUCACAAGGUUAUUAUAAUAACCAACUUGAAUGCAAACAGGAUGCUCAUGGUUCAAAAACAGGCCUUGGCAUGCCUCUGAUAAUAGUCAAGCUUCUUAGAAGUGGCUGUACAGUGGUACCUCGGGUUAAGUACUUAAUUUGUUCCGGAGGUCCGUUCUUAACCUGAUACUGUUCUUAACCUGAAGCACCACUUUAGUUAAUGGGGCCUCUUGCUGCCACUGCGUGGCCGCUGCACAAUUUCAUCCUCAUCCUGAAGCAAAGUUCUUAACCCGAGGUACUAUUUCUGGGUUAGCAGAGUCUGUAACCUGAGGUGUAUGUAACCUGAAGUGUAUCUAACCCAAGGUACCACUGUACUGCAUAACUGGAAGUUGUUUGACCUUACAGGUGCGGCCUUGACCUUCUGGAAGCUGCAGGCUUCUUGUCACUCCUGCUGUAGCAGCUAAGGCUGUUUGUAUAUCUAUCUAUCUGUCUGUCUAUCUAUCUAUCUAUCUAUCUAUUGUUUCAUAAUGGGCUGAACAUGUCUUUCCCCUGCCUCUUGGCAAUGACACUCCCCAGCUUGAGCUGGUGCCAUGGAAUGGGGGCGUGAGGGCAGAUGGCUGGAGUUAGAGAAACACAGAAUUCAUUGGGCUGAGAGGGAGGGGUUUGAGGAAAGGAUGAAUUGAGGUGGCUGCAAGAGAGAUGGAAGUUAAGAACAGUAGGAGCCAAAGGGGGAGUGGGAGUGGGAGAAGAGCUGAGUAACAAGCUCCUGUUACAAGCUCCUGGGAAUAGGCGGGGAAAGGAGCCAGCGAGUCAGAGACUGAUGGGAUUGUGUGGUGCCUAUUUAAUAUUUUGAUUUGAAUAAACCAGGUUGGUUGCAAAUCUCUAGUUAGUAUCUAAUUCAGGAGUCAAAAAUAGUUGAUUCAUAUCACUUCACAAUGAAAUGGAUACAGCACAUGUUUGGGUCAUAGUCUUUCAUGUUUCUGAAAUCUCAGUUAUAGAUCACUUGUAAGACAUACAACUGCACUUUAUGUAUAAAACUCAAGUGUGUCACUGGGAUUAAAAUGCAUUUUCCAGUUUCUUAAUGCGUUUUACUGUUAAGCUGUCUUUUCCCACAUGAUCAAACCUAUCAUCUCAGUAGCAUUCAGCAGUAAUCUUUAACCAAAUGCUUUUCUGCCCUCUUUCUCUUUUAGGCAUUAGUUUUUAUUGAACUUUUCACUAUAAAAAUACAACUAAUAACAGCAACAAAAGUGCAGAUAAAACAAAGAAAUAAACCGUCAAAUAUAAAAAACCUAAACCCUCUUACUUUUUAUAGGUAGCAGGGGAGAAGUGCAGUGUAAAAUGUUAGAUGAACAUGGGAAGUCUUGUUGGAAUCCCUGCUUACCAGGGUUAAUGCAUGACAUUUGAUCAUUCACUAACUAUCUCUUACUGUACCUAACAUAACAAACUAGUGGAAACCCCAGUACUUUCUUGGUGGAAGAACAGAAAUGUAAUGGAUUAAUUGGAACAUACUUAUUUUGAAAUGCAGGUAUAAAAUAUACAAGGCUGUGAUGAUGAUAAAACUUUAAUUAACAAGCAUAAACUGCAUAUCAUGUGUUUAAAGCACCUCUUAGUGAAAACAGCCCUAUAAGGUGGGUUGAUAGAAUUAGCUUCAUAUAAAAUGAGGAGUUACCAGUUUGUGAAUAUGUUUUUAUAAACUUUUGAAACAGUUUUUUUGGGGAAAGUAUUUGGAAGAUGGUUGGAAGAGGGAUGUCGUGGAAAAAGGAAUUUGGAAUAUUAUAGAGGACUCAUUCAACUUUGUGUACUGAAAUUUAAGUCUUAAUAGCUAAAACAGCGAAGAGAAAGCAGAUAACUUACUAAGCGAUGCUGGACACAAUUCAGCCAUACAUGUGCAUUUAAAGGCACAUUGGUUUUAAUGACAGGAAAAUAUUAAAAGUAAAAGACUUAAGAAUGAAGUGCUUUGUGUCAAGAGUGUUGCAUUACCAAUAAGAAAUGUGAAUUUACCGGUACAUAACCCAAUAAUCUUUGUACCUUUUUGAAGGCUAAUAAUUUCAUUUUCUUUAUGGCUAGUGACUUCGUAGAAUAUGUGUGUUUUUAAAAUGCCAAUUAUGGUUAUAUUUGACAAACUGUCUGGUAAAGAAGAGAUUGGAGGGAGACAUAGGGUAAAAUUCAACCUCACACUAUGUUGAACGUUCCAUCUGUGCAAACAUUUUGGCUUGCCAGAUGGAAUAGUCACCCUUCCCUUGAGUGUUGUUCUGUAGAUUCUCCUGAACCUCCCAUAGCCAACUGUGGGGCGUGUGCAGGGGAUGGGGGUGGGGGGAGGGAGUCAUGUUGUGCAAGCAGAAGCCCCUCGACAGGGUUUCUCCUGACUGAGUUCAUUAGUUAAGUUCUGCCCAGCAUCUUUAAGCUGCUGUUUUCAAGUGCCAAAUCAGCGUUAUUGAGAUCUGAGAUGUUUAAAACAAUCCAGCUACAUGCAGAUCUUUUGGAAGAUCAUUUAUGCUUUGAGAACCAAAGUUUAGGCAUAUUUGCGGAACAGAUACUUAACAGGUAUGUGUUAAGCAUGAUGCUUCAUGCAUCCAUGCUAAUACCUAGACCGAAACUGGCAGUAGUUGAAAAUGGAUGCCUGCUUCAUCACAAACCUGGAUCUGGCCCUUGUAGAAUAUGUGGUUUAUGAAGUUCUGCUGUGAUACAGGAUGCUUUUCACUGUUUGCCUCAGUGAACUCCCUAAAAGUGGAGCUUAUCUUUUGUUGUCGUUCCAGAGAGCCCCUUUAUAACCUUAGGCAACCUCCCUCCAAACAGAAAGUGAUUUUGCAACUUUGAGAGCUUGUACCAUAUAUAUCAUAUAUCACAAUGGGGGAGGAAAUAUACAUUGGAUGUGGGUCCUUCCAGGUGUUGUGGACUGCAACUCCCAUCAACCCUAGCCAGUUUGGUCUGUGGUCAGGGGUUAUGGGAAUUGUAGUCCACAGAUUUCUGGAGGGAACUCUUCUAUAGAGAACCACUCUGCUGGUGACUUUCCUGGAAAGGGACAGCUUGGUUACUGUGACACAUAUCUAGACUACUGCAGUGUACUCUGUAUGGGGUUUUUCUUAUUUCUGAUCCAGAGGUUGCAGCUGGUGCAGUAGCGCUCCUUAUCAGGCACAUAACAUACCAAUGUUGAGGUUGCCUAUUAGCUAUCAGGCCAGCUUUAUGUUACUUACAUAUAAAACCCUAAACAACUCUGGGUCAAGUUUCCUGAAAUACCAAGUUCCCCUCCCUUGCCCUAUAAGGGCAGUAAGAUAAGCAAAUGGAACCCGAUUAGCCUUGCUGCUGCCCAGUAAUUAUUACCUUGUGGUAACAUGAAGACAAGCUUUUUCAUUGAUUGUACCUGGUCUGUGGAGCUCUCCCUGUUGAAAUUUGAGAGGCCCCCAUCUGUAUUGGCACCACUUUACACAGGCAUUUUUCACUUGGUGUGGGUCUAGAUCUCCUGUUUUUACUGUUGUAUUGCUUUUUGAUGCUAGUUACAGAUUUUAAUUGGUUUUGUAUAUUUUGCUUUCAUGUUUUGUGAACUGCUUAGAAGCCAAUUUGGACACUGAGCAGUAUACAGGCCAAUAAAGAAUAAUAAAAGUGGGUUUUGUUCCUCCUUCCAUGGACACAGUGAAUGACAUGACCAUUUUGGAGCCAUCUUCCCUUUGCACAUCAAGCCAACACUUUCUCUUUCACACCUUAAUAUCUAAGGCCAUUUAAUGCUCUUUACAUGGCAGAGUAUUUUGCCAUAUUUGUGCCAUGGUUUGGAGCAGCAAAUUGGAGCACCUCAUUGACUACAGUACUCUGUACUGUAUGUCUAUUGUGGAUUCACAAACACACAUUCAGCUUCACGUUGUACAGGGUCUGCUGAUCCAAAUACCAUUGCAUAUGCAGCAACAUUCUUAUUGUGUAAACUCACAGUGCCUUUCCUGGAAAACUGCUUCCUCUUGUUUUUUCCUGAGCAUUCUGCUGCCAGCUCCAUUCCCUUUCACAUCACUAAAAUUGCAAACCCUCUGGACAGGGGCCAUGUCACUUCUGUGUUCUGUGUGGUAGCACUAAAUAAAUGUAAAAUAGUUGCUGCAGCAGCACUACUUCAGUAGCAGGCAGAAAUAGAGGUGGUUGCAGAAAGUACAAGGUGGCAGUAGAAGAAUCAGUCAGGUCCAGAUGGCUGACCAGAUUAAAACGAAUCUGCAAUUAAUCUGUGAUCAAGUAAUGAAUCAGGUAAUUGCACAGAUUAGUCGAUUAAUGUUGUUAGUCCAAGGAAACACAAUAAUUGCUGCUCAUCUUCCUAUUAGUUGUAUUAUCUUCAUUUUCUUCAAAUCCUAGGCGCUGACAUUCUUUUCACUUUAGAAAUGAAUUGGGUGCUGCCAUGCAUGGUUCCUGUCUUCCUUCUUUUCUGAAGGCUUGUUUUUCCUUCCACUUCAUGAUACCAUUGGGUCGCUUGCAUUAAUCAGGGCCUUCUUGAAGGAUUACCUCGGGCCCUUGUAGCAGGAGAAGACAAGCUUUGAUAAAGUUUGUGACAGUGUUUUAAAUACGGCUCUUUAGAAACUUGCUUGAUGUGCAGGUUGAGCACAGCUCUGAACAGUUUACACUGACUCAAAGAAGUAGCUUCUUGGGCCAUUUGUUGUACAAUUCAUUUCCCAGUCUAUGACUUCAAAGUCCACCUGGAGAUUCAAGCCCUCCACCUGCCACCUGGAGGCAGGCAGGCAAACCUGCAGACUCCAGGUCAGCCCUGGAGGUCUGGCAACCCUAUUACUAGUACAGUGGUACCUUGGGUUACAAACGCUUCGGGUUACAAACUCUGCUAACCCGGAAGUAGUACCUCGAGUUAAGAACGUUGCCCGAGGAUGAGAACAGAAAUCGCGCAGUCGUGGCAGCGCAGCGGCACCAGGAGUACCCAUUAGCAAAGCGCACCUCAGGUUAAGAACGGUUUUGGGUUAAGAACGGACCUCUGGAACGAAUUAAGUUCGUAACCCAAGGUACCACUGUACACAAGUGUGAACUCAACAGCAAAAUGUUGCAGUGUAUUUGCAGUCCCUAAUGAGUGUUCUUGUUCAGGGCUUCACCCAAUCUGAGAAGAAAAGGAUUGUUCUACCAUUAUUUGGAGCUACCAAGGUGAGGUGGUGCUUUAUAGCACUAAAGAGAUCCAGUGUGGGUCUACUAUUUAUUUUAUUAUUUACUGAACGACCAGGUUGGGCAGGGGCACACUGCAGUGUGGGAAAAUAUGCAAUUUUCCCUAUCCUGAAACCUUGUCUAAUUCCAUUGUUAGCAUGUUUGUUUGCUGUUUUAUUCCCUAUAAUUUAUACACCGCUUGAUUGUUUUUUAAAAAACCCUCAAAGUGGUUUACAAACAAAUAAAACAAAGAAAAAAUUACAACCCUACUUUAAAACAUACAGUACAAAAGUUAAAAAAAAAAGGAAUAAAAUUACUCCAACUUUCUAAGCCUCUGGGUAGGCUUGUCUAAACAAGAAUGUUUUUAGCAUAUGUUUUGUCUCCUUUAGUAUAGACAUAAUGACUUUAUGUAUUAUUUAAAAAUUCUUAUUUAGCAGAAUUAUAUUUAGAGUACAACAAAUGUGAUCGUUUAAAGAAGCCAUUGGGCUAGAACGCUUUAGUUUUGAGCUCUUUGGUGUGUAUGUAAAACAUACGGCUUCCCCCAAAGAAUCCUGGGAACUAUAGUGCACCUCCGCAGAGCUACAAUUCUGCUUAAGAAACUACACACCCCAGGAUUAUUGGAGGGACGCCAUGUAUGGUGUGCAUGAUAUGAGCCACUGGUCACAAAUCACUGGAAUACAGUGUGCCUGUGUGUGCAGUUGAGGUUCUCUCACUGUCCACUUUCCCUUGGAAGGCCUUGCCUUCUAUGUCCUUGCAUAUUCCAUUUCUUGUGGGGAGUCCAUAACCUUCUUUGACCAGUGUCUGUUGAGUGUUUGUGUUUCACCAAACCGAUCGACUGCCUGCAAGAUAAGCACACACAUGUAUUAAAACUAGAGCUGAUGUGAUAAAUGACCAUCUUAAUCUAAUUUGAGCUUCUUGUCCUAAGGGACCAACGUGUAAAUGGUGCAUGGAUUUUCUAGCUGUUGGUAUUUCUUUUAAUUGAGGUUUUAAAGACUGAUUUUCUUAUUGUGGUGUCAGCAACCCUGAGCCCUUUGGGGGUAGUCAGGUUAAAAAAGAAGAAGUAGAGGAGGGCUCAAAAACAGUGUGUCAAGUAACAAUUGAUCAUGGGAGUGAACACGCAAGAUGUUGGAGCAUUGCCCUGCUUCUACUGGAGUCUGCAGUUCCUCUGGUUCUUACCAGGAAUGUAACGGCCAUGGAGACUUUGGGGAUGUUGUGCACCUUCAUGAGGGCUAGUCAUUAUUUGGGCGGUGCAACAGCUGCUGUAGCAAAUUGGCAUUUUAGAAGGAUUUUUAAUGUGCAGCUAUCAAGCCCUGCUACAAUUGUCCAGCUUCUCCAUCUUGAGGCACAUUCGGUUUUGUAGUGCAAAUGUACAUCCCUUACAACAGCCCCAGCAAGCAUAGCCAAUGACCAGGGAAGAUGGGACUUGUAGUUCAGCAGCAUCCGGAGGGCCAAAUGUUCCCCACUCCUUCUCCCCCCACCAUGUUUUUUUUGCUAUCCUAUUUAUAUAAAAAGCAUUUAUAAACCACUUAAUUUUUAAAGAAUCUCUAAGCUACUCUAUUUUCACAGUCAGGUUACUCUAAUUCUUACAGAAAACUGCCAGAGGGCAUUGAUAAUUAAUCUGUGAGUGCAUCUAAAAAUUACUUGAGAAAAGAAGGCUCAUGAGCUUGAAUCUGACUUUUACUAAGGCUUUAUUUAUGAAGACGUAUCAAAUUAUUCACAUAGGGCAGAACAGCAUGAGCUUGGUAAUUUGUGUAGAAAGCAAAAUGUGGACCCUUUUGCGAGCACAGCCUUCUGUUUGAAAUGGGUCUUCCUGGGUGUAGUUCCACGUGUGAGAGCUCUUUGAGAAGUUUUCCUCACCCUGCUGUAGUGGUGACAAAAAAGGAAGGGGUGGAGGAGCUCCUGGAGCUGAAGGGCUGAAGUUCUGAAAAGGUGUUAGAAAUUUAGGAGUUUAUGUACUAUGUAUGUGAGCAACUAGUGGAUGUACAGGUGUCCUAGACUUUUUAUGUUUUUAAGCUUCAUCAUAUGAGGAGAAAAUAGCUCACACCAUAAUUGUUGUGCACUGCAAUAAUAGUCCUGCUACAAUACCAUGGUGCAUGAAAUUUUACUCUCAAAAUACACAUGGCAGAAAUCACAGAAUUCUAUGAGCCAAAAAUUGGAGAAAAAAAUUAGCUGUUUUCUAGUUAUGUGCUCUACUUUGCACAGCAGCCAUAAUCUGUAGCUACUGCAAGCUGAUGCGGUUUUUAAAAAUUUACUGCUACUCUUUAUUCUCUGAGAAAGGCAGCAUAGCUGUCAAUUGUUGUCAGUCAUUACGUGGCAUUUUGCUAUAUUGGUAGUAGUUUACUUGUACCCUUUGAAAGAUGUCUAUGUUUAAUGUAGACUAGUAAGAAAUACAUGAUGGGGGGGGGGGAAAUCAAGCAUUAUUUAUUCCUGAGUUACAUUCUGCACUAGGAUGUUUUUCUUUUGUGCUUUUGCUCCCAUUAAAAGAGGAUUACUAUUUUUUAAUGACAUUAGUAAAACAAUUCUGUUCUAUAGAUCUGCAAAUAUUUGUCUGGCUCAUUCAAACUAACAUCAGCCAGUGCACCCUGGACUACAGUUCUGCAGCCUCCCAUCUUGUCAACACCAUAGUGCUCCUCCUGUCCCCAGGCAUCAUGUGCAGUUUUUUAUAGCCCAGAUCUUUCUGCUUAGAUCUCAAUCUCAUUGCCUCCAUAGAUUCCUUCCUCUCCACGCACCAUACUUCUGCAUUCACCAUCCGCAGUUCUUGAUAGUUUCCUGUUGUUUUUUUCAGGCCACUGACUACUGUGUCCUACUUUCCUCAAACAUCAGGAUUCUCAGCUCCCUUCACAUUUGGCUCUCUGCUCCUUUGUUUCCCUGCUUUCCUUGUUCUCCUCAAUAUGUAACACUCCAGUGUUGCUUCUUCCUGCCAGCAGCAUAGAGAGAGCUUCUCCUUUACUUUCCAACUUCGUUAGAGUGUUUUUCUCCUUUUCUUUCUCAGUACCUCAUUUCCUUAGCUCCCUAUCUCCCCUGUGGUUGAUUUCCUCAGGCCCUAAGGCAAGUAAGAAAGACACUACUGGAUCAGACCAAAGGCCUGUUUGGUGCAGCAUCCUGUUUUUCUUGAUCGUCAGUCAGAUGCCUGAUCAUUUGGGUGGCCCUUUACUACAGCUUUUCUAAAUCCACGAUACCUCUUUUGAGAUGUAACCAGAAUUUACACAGUAAUCCAAAAGUGGAAUACUGAUAUUUGUCAACACUCAUCUUUCACCUCUUUCUCAGCCCUCUGCCUGCCUCGUCUUCUACACACAGCUGUUCCCUAACAUGACAACAGCUCUGCUAGUGACGGGGUUGGGGGCAACGGCUUGUGUGCACACCUGACAGUUUCCCAGCUAUCCAUCCAGGUGCAGAGUAGUUGGAUGGGUGGUUUCCAUAAAACAGAAAGUACAAUAUUAUUGAUACCAUGUACUCCAAACUAUUGAUGCCCAAACUUCUCCAGGCCUUCCUUCAGACAGGGAUUUGAAUCCUUGGCACCAUCAGCAACAAUUAUGAGUGACAGUAGUCUCCAAAGAAUAGCAGUGCAGCAGCAGCCAGACCAGAGUAAGAGCAAAUCAUCUGCAGUCUUUUCUCUGGGAGCCUGCAGACUCACCUGCACACACCCCCUUGUUGAAUUGCACUAAGCCAAGGUUUGAUUUAGUGUUGUAUAUGAACUGAGGGCUUAUCCACACUUCCUCUUGUCCCACUGCUUCUCCCCCACCCGGGGGAGGGGGGAACUGCUCUUUAACACCCAGUCUGGGAUUUUCCCGGAUUGCCAUUUGUUCCAGUCUGUUGCUAAAGAGGGGGUUUUUUCCACUUGGAAAGGAGUGGGGCGGGGGGGACACCGCUCAGACCCGUGCUUUCUAGGCAUGGCACAAACGGAAGUAUGGACAAGCUCUGAGUCAGUGUAUCCCUCCAUGAAUACUGCUGAUGUGAAAAACAAGAUGAAGAGGGGCAUUCCAUAAGCUGGAUAAAAUAAACAUAGAGACCUAGUUGAAACAGGCAUAAACAGAUUUAGUUGUGGAGCAGGUUCUAUCAGCAUUACAAAGGAAUGGGAUUGCCAGGCUUUUUGUUCUCCUUACAAGAAAGGCGAUUCUGACAAAACUUAGGAAGAACUUUCUGAUGGUAAGAGCUGGUUGGAAGGUGGUGGACUCUCCUUUAAAGAAUGGUUGGGUGGCCAUCUGUCAGGGCUUCUUUAACUGCAAUUCCUGCAUUCAGGUAGGUAGCCGUGUUGGUCUGACGCAGUCGAAAUAUAUAUAAAAAAAUUAAAAUUGUUCAGUAGCACCUUAGAGACCAACUACGUUUGUUCUUGGCAUAAGCUUUUGUGUGCAUGCACACUUCUUCAGAUAGGGUCUGGUGACUUCUGUUUCAGUGUAUCUGAAGAAGUGUGCAUGCACACAAAAGCUUAUACCAAGAACAAACUUAGUUGGUCUCUAAAGUGCUACUGGACAAUUUUUUAUUUUUUUAUAUAUUUCGACUGUGAUUCCUGCAGUGCAGGGACUUGAACUAGAUGACUCUUGAGGCUCCUUCCAGCUCUGCAGUUCUGCAAUGCUUUGCCUUAGGACUAGCAGGUAUGGCUCUCACCACUCCUGUACACCACUUGCGGUACAUGACUAAACACACUACAUUUUUGCCUGUCAUGUUGUCUGGAAAGGCUCAGGAGCCCUGGCUUCUGCUGGUCACUACUGCUAACUCUAACCCUUGUCUUUGUGCAUGUUGAAUGGCUGACUGGUGGCCUGCGGAGAGACAUGAAGACAGUGAUAAAUAAUAGAUAGCAGCUGCAAUGGAUAGUGCCUGUAACUAAGUGAUCAUUAGGUUUUUUUGGGGGGAAGUGGCUGAUAAAGUGAUGUGGAUGUUGGGAAGUGAUGUAGAUGCUCUUCUAUUCCACAGCUCCACCCCCCACUAGCUCCUUGGCAAAUAUACCUAUUUGGAGAGGUUGCAUUCUGUUUGUGUUGUGUCAUGUGCCUUGACUAGCAUGUUACACUGGCAGCAGGGCAAAAGUAACCUCUAAGCAAACAUAGGACUCUCAGACUACACCUAAGCUCACCUUAGCAGUUUCAAUCACAGCAAGGUCAUUAAUCCCCAAUGAAGUUCCAGUCACAUUUGCACACUGUUGUAACCACAUCAGAAAGGGACAAGCAUGCAUGAACUGUUUGGUUUCCUGAACCCCAAAACCACCCAGAAACACACGUGCACUCGUACUCAUCUGUGCAUCCAUGGCAGCUGCUUCAAAUGUACACAUCUGAUUUAAGUAUGAAGUGAAUGCAACUUAAGUUUUCUAAUUGGAUUGAAGCUGGUUUAAGAAAAAACAAACACAUCAAGCAACAGUAUUUCUCAAGAAAUUACAGGAUCAAUCUGGUUCAUGGCUAGCAUGGUGUGUACGCAGCUUGACAAAGUAGAAGUGGGAGUGCACCGGUGCAGAGUAAGUGGUAAUGUGUACACCUCCUUAGCUUCACUCUUCUCUGCCAUGCCUCCCAACUCUGUAUAUCAUUGCACCUUCUGCUGACACUGUCAUGACCUCACAGCAGCUACAUUAGCAUGAGAUAACCCUGGCACAGCCAUAGGGCAAUGCCAGCCAGCAUGAAUUGACUAGGCUUGCUUACCUUCUGUUCAAAGGGGCUUAGGAGCAACCCGAUUCUCUUCCAGUGGACAUAACGUAUGAUACGAUUGCACUGUUAAAAUAACUGCAUACUGCCCAAAGUCUUGUCACCAUACUCUCUCUCUCAAGGCAGUAUCAACCCUUUGAGCAGAACAAGAAAGAGUGUCGCCAGCUUACCAUCUUCCCUUAAACACAGUUCAUUUUGGAAGGCUCAAAUGGUUCAUUUAUUGACUUCAAGAGCCACCUUAGGAGUUAGUGGAAAAGAACUUGGGCAUUCGUCCAAAACUCAGCGAGUACUUCACCUGUGUUUGUAAUAUGUCUUUGACUCUUUAUUAAUAAUUGAUAGGAAACUUCACUCUUAAUUGGCUGCAAUAUUAAUAAUUCCUUUGUUAAGAAUUUUAAGCGUUCAUGUAUCUGUUUUAAAGGAAUUCUACUUAUUCCUUUGGUCUCCAUUUUGUUCAUGACAGUAUAUCUCAAAUACACUUAAAGUUUAAAAAAGAUUAAUCAUUGCAGUUUUCUUUGUUCAUUAGUUUCCAUGACACAUAGUUUCAAGAACUUCAACUUACUUUGCUGAAGAAAAUAGACUUCUGGAGUAUGGAUAAAAUAGUGAAAUUAAUCUGAUAUACUUUGUUUUGUCCUGGGUUUAUUAAUUGUUCUUUAUUCUUUUAGGCAUUUCAUCCUUCAUUAGAUAUUUCAGCAGCUCGUUACUUAUACUAUUGUACUAUUUCCCUCACCAUGGUCUGUUUAAGUUGAUUUUGGUUUUUGAUAAAUUGACAUUUGCUUUUUGUUAGCCUUUCUGUGUGUGUGGUGGGGAGAGAACACAAACACCACCACCAAGUUUGCUCUUGUGGUUGUAUGAGAGCAAUCCAUAAGUCCUCCCCCCCCCAAAGCUGACUUUUCCUUCGAUGCGCACUGAGAUGGUGUGAAUAUGAGGCCCUUCCAUGUUUUACACUGAAGUACCCAUAAACAGCUCUUGAGGGUUCUGGUGAUGGGACAGGAUGAAUCAUGCUCUUGGUUUUAAAAAAAGGAGGGGAAGGUUUUAUUUGAUUUUUAAAAUAAUAAUAAUAAUAUGCAUCUCUUCUGAUUUUUUUUUUAAACCUGGCAUGUGACUCAGUAUCAUAUACGUUGAGUUAAAUAUUACUGUCCUCUGUAAACAAUGAAGCAUGGGUAAAAUAUUUGCCUCCUUGCGAAACAAGCAUUAGAAAUAUGACACAAUAGAAAAUUAGUUUGAUGCUGUGAGCCAGGGACUGGCAGAACUUCAGAUCUGUUGGGACCUUUCUCCUAGCUUAAGAAGAUGCCAAAUUGUAUCUUGCCAGGACCAGUCACUCAGCCCGCCAAAAUGUUUUUUUCAUUCCCAUUUUAUGCCCUCUAACUAUUUAAAUGCUGCAGUUUCCCCAGUUUUCAGUUGAUGAAUAUUUAUACCAAUCAAACAACAAACAUGUUCUUCAAUCAUCAAGCGUUAUCAACACAUACAAGCAGCCUUUUCCACACAUUGCUGCUGGGGAUGUACAUCUGGAUAUGCAAUCACCCUCGCAUUGCAAUACUCAUACAAACUAUUUGGAUUGUCUGGAUAUAUCUUUGGAUGCAGUAUUUGUAUUCACCUGUCUGGUUGUCCAUAACUUCAGCAGGAUUAGAACCAUUAAGGCUUGCUUCCAAUUUUAUGGAAAAAUAAUGAUCCACCCAGUGAUAACUAGCAAUGGCUGGGCAUUUGACCUGGAAGUAAAUGCUUCUGUAAGGGUUCUUGCAUGGAAGGUAAACAGAAAUUAUGUUUGAGAGAAGGAAACCCACACUUCAUUCUUUCUUGAAACUGAUUUCAAACAAAUGCCUUAAUGCUGCUUGAUGUAAAUCGUAUGCAAAGAGUUAAGCUAUUUAUUAGAUGUGUUGUGUAUUAUUUCCUAAGAGAGUAGAAUAUUGUUAUAGAUUUAAUAAAUAAUAUGUAGUUAAGUAUACCAGCCUACGCUGUAAAUUACUAUAAAUGCUAAAUUUACUUGUGAAUCAAGACAGUGCCUUUAGGAACUACCUGAAAAGGGGGAAUAUAUUUUGGUGAUCUUUUAUGGCACAGGUAAUUUUGGACAUAUUACUGGAAAUGCAUGGAUACUACAAAAAAAUGCAACUUUGUGUCUCCUCAUUCUCUCUGCCCAGCAGGUCAGGGGAGUAGCUUGGAGUAAACAAACCAGCUGGCAUGACUAAUGAUCCAGAAGUUUUGGUACUACAGUAGCUUAGCAGCAAAGCGCUUGUUUUUCAUAUGGAAGGUCCACAAUCUAACAAACUGAGCUAUCCAGGCUGAGCUGCUAUCAAUGGCCAAGCUUCAGUUUCUGGCAUCUCCAGGGAAGGUUGAAUAAGAUCCUGUUUAAAAUUCUGGAGUAAAACUGCUGCCAGUAAGUGUAAAACUAAGUUAGAUGGGCUACUGGUCUUACUUUUUAUAAGGCAGCUUCCUAUGUAGUCUGACCCUUCUCUUCUCACAUGGAGGUGCUUUGAAAAUGAGACUGCUUGAUGUGUGGAAGUGUCUUCAGAAGCCAGCACUGGACCAAAGACAAUCACAAGUGCUCUGUCAAGCAUUGCUCAUAUGCUUAUCAAAAUGUGAGCACGUUUGUGGACAAUGAGUGUUCUGCAAGUAGCAGCCAGUAGAGUAGAGUGGAGAUGGGGAAACUUGGGGAGCCAUGGCAUCACAUCCUGUGUUUAUGUUUGACAAAUUAUGAGAGAAGGUAGAGAUGCAGGGCUGCUGUUUUCAGUUGCAACCAUGUAACUCCAGUAAAAUGAAGCUGUAGGCUUACGUUGCAUUAAUUUUAAUUAGUCCCUCAGUCUUCUAGGACAGUCUCUACUAUCAUCGGGAAAACCUAGUUUGGUGUUCUCCUUAUACUUCAGUGAAUUCAGUUUUAUGUUGAUUUUUAAGGUCUUGACAGCACAAUUCUAUAUAUGUCGACUAGAAAUAAGUCCAAAUGAGUUCAAUGGAAAUUACUUCCAGGUAAGUGAGUGAAGUAUUGCAGCCUGAAUUAUUUAAAUCUCAGUCCCAAACAUUUUCACAGGCAAAUUUGUUUAAAGUUCCAGAGCACGUUUCCUGCUAUGCUGUUGAAAUGUUAUGGGUUGUGACAUUGUGCUGCCGUAUAGAUUAGUGCACCCUUUGCUUAACACUUAUUUUGUUGUGUAGCCAGUCCUGAAAUCAAGUGAUUAGUAAUUAACUAAUAUAUUCUUUCCUAUUUCUGCUUCCAUAUUUUUUUGUGCAUAUUUUUAUGCCUAUGACUAGAUACAUAUAAUUAAGGCUGGAAGAAAUCCCAGAUAACUAAUCAUCCAGGCACCUAGAAACUUAAUAUUGGUGCUUUAAGAGUUUGAAUAUUUUUAAGCCUUGUUACUAGAUAGUAAUCCUGCUGGGUUGGAUUGUUGUAAAUUUAUGUUCCUCGUAAAGUGCUUAGUUCAUGAUAAGCACUCUUGAUAAUAAGUUAUCAAUGAUGACGAUUCCUAGAAAUGCGAUGAAGUAAUUUUGAAAUAUGUCAUGUUUAUUCCCCCAAAUUCUUUGAAGAGUCUAGGCUUGUCCUAUUGACCUCAGUAUGUCUGGUGAGCUCCACUAGAGCUCUUGCAAGCUCACUUUGAAUUACCUUGUGCAUUAUCCAAAAUCUUCAGAAAACAUUUGGAAGCUCUCGCAUAAUUUCUCCGAGUCUUCUAAGGGCAUGGAAGAAUGCCCUUGUAGUCCUCAAACAUCUCUCCAUCAAUCUUCCCAAACUAACCUACUGCAAUAGCAGCAGUGGUGGCGUGCCUGGGGAGUGGAGUCAGUUUCCUCCCUUUUCUGUUGCUCUAACAUGGUGGGUAGCAGUGUGCUGGUGCCAAAUCCCAGGGGAUCAUGGGAGAUGUAGUUCUCCCAUGGGCCUUUGCAGUUGCAGUGGAGCAGCAUAAAAGGAGGGAGGGAAAGGGGGAAAUAGUCUCCGCUCCCCAUGCACCAUCGCCCUGCUCCUAUCACUGCUUGAAAGGUGAAUGCAGCAGAUGGAAGGAGGAGUGCAUUUGGGAGAGUGGAGGCCAGCUGGGAGGGCUUCCAGGGAUCACAAGGACUGGCAGAGAUGUGCGUGAAUCUCUUCUUCAGCUUGGAUUUUAAUCCUAGCCGGAUGAUAAUGUCUAGGGUAGUAAAGUUUGCCUCUCCUUUGAGGUGUUUGUUUGUUUUAACAAGGCCUCAGAGGUUUAUUUUUGAGCCAGAGGUCAGAGAACUUUGCUGACACCCCAAUAUAUUGAGGCCUUAAAAGUUGGCUUAUGGAAGAACAGAGUUCCUCUUUUGCAAUCCUCUUGUGUUCUUUUAUCCCCUGCUUUGAGCCAUACCUUCCUGCUAGAGCAUUCCCAUGAAAUUCAGCUUCGUUGCCCUUGUCACGUCUGGCUUAUAUUGCAACUAUUACUUUUGGGCAGUCUUCAGAGAGCUUCCCCUCAGAGCUGUUGUUCCAUUUUGCUUCCCUUUCAUGCUCUGCUGUGUUCAGAACAUCUGGGUGUGAUGAGGUCCCUUUGAAACUUGGUUUCCACACAAAACGUUUCCCCAUUUUUAUAUAAUAAAACUGAUUUUAAAUCAGUGUAACCCCUUGAGAUAAUACAGUUCGUGCCAAUUCACAGUUUAUGCCAAUACUGAAAUGCUUAUGGAAAUGCAGUUUUGGCGCACUCUUGAAUUAAGUGUGGUGGAUCUAUAGUAGCUGGUGUGAUAUAAUUAAAUCUGAAAAAUACCCUUGUUGAGAAGAAGCACUACAUUACCUUCUUAAUGAUAGUUGGCAAACUGAAGAUAAGUAAUCAAGACUUUAAAGUGCUUCUCUACAGUGUAUUAGAACCAUUCAGUGGUUGCAUGAACACUGAUAAUAAGAACAUAAUUUAAUCCAAAUUCCAAUUUAAUACCUAAAAUAUAUAAGGGUUAGAUAGGCCAAACUGGAGGAAGCAUUAAUGUUUAAGGUGGAGUAUGGAAGUGUUCCCCUACUACCUGUGUGACUCUUAAAUGGCUAGAGGGAAACAUGUUUUCAAAAAUUAUUAUUUUAAAGUACAAUUCAGUACACAGUUGGGGUGUAAUCCCUCCUUGAAUUUAGUAAACAUACAUAAAUUGUAACUUUGAAUUUCUUGCAAGUGAUGGGCAAAUUUUUAUUUUGAGUUCAUUAAUUUAUGUUGCAUUUUUUGUUCAGAUUUGAAUGUUAAUGUGCUUUUGAUAAUAAAUAAAGCAUAUUACUUUAAUCAUACCAAUAAUUUCAUAUACUUCUAUCAGGUCUGUCAGGGAACUGCCAUCGGAGCUAGAGGCGGAGGGAAGGCUCCAGAGGGAUGCUGGAGAGGGUCCCAGUAGGGAGAGAGGCAGCCCAUCUGCUGGGGAAGGAAAUCAGCGUAACACCAGUGGAGAAGGGGGGCUGAUGGGGGAAUCGGAGAGGAGGCUCCAAGACUCCUUGCCGGAGACCAGCGGAGAGAGUACGGGUCCUCCGCUGCCCACACCCUCCCUGCGCAGAAGGCUUCCGCACAGGGAGACUAGGCGGAGACUAGGCGUCAAAGAACUUUUGUGCUGGAAGAAGUUCAAGAAACGCCCACUGACGGAUUCUGCCAGCGAUUGAGACAGCCACGAAGCUAGAGGCUGUCCAGUCAGAAAGGGUUCAACCAGGUAACCUAGCCAGGAGUGGUGGCAACUUACGCACGAGCAACCCCUAGACCCAUUACAAUGUCCUUCCCUUUGCUUAUAUUUUUCAGAGCUAAAACGUUUCCUCACAUAAAAGUUAUGCCAGCCCCCAGAUCUUUCACACAUUUUUAUGGACAUGCACAUGAUGCCAUCUCCCAAUCACUGACAUCUUCUAUUGCCCACCUCGUUCUUCUGUCUUUACUCAGACCCCAGAAAGCCUGACUUUUUCUAGAAGAAGAGAACAAUAGGGUCAUCUCCACAAGUUUGGAUGCCUUUGGUGUGCCUCUUCUGUCUUUUAAAAAGGGCAGGGUUUUGAUUUGGAAAGUGGAAUGUAGGAAAGUACUGUACUUGUUAAAUUCUGUACUUGUUAAAUUGCUUUUUGAACUGGUUUAGAAGCACAAGUCUGUAUAGACACUUCUCAUUAAAAUCCUCCAUUAUUCAGGACCAGCCCUUCUAUUAGGCAAACUGAAAUUCUUGUCUAAGGCAAGUGAUUUAUUACACUUUAUCAGGUGUUUUUUUUUAAUGAAAGAGAUAUAGUUCUAUAGCAACAUAACCCAGUAGUUCUAUAACUAUACUACAGUAAUAUUGUAGCAUUAUGCAAUUAUAGUGCUGUUCUUCUCUUAUAGACAUAAAAACAUUUUAGUGAUAAUUAAGAAUCAAUUAAAAUAGCAAAAAUAGUGCCUUAAAAUGGCACCUGCUACAAGUGUUAUAAUGAAUAUGUUCAGAGCUGUGAUAGAUUCACUUUGAAAGUGGCUAGAGAGAAGCUUUUCUCCCUCUGUCAAAAUGCUAGAAACAGGCGAUCCAAUUAAGCUGAAAGUACUUCUUGUCUUGCAUAGUUAAAACCAUGGAAUUUUCUAUCACAAAAUUAAACAAUAGCCAUCAACUUGGAGAGUUUAAAAGGAGUUUAGACAAAUUUAUGGAGCAUAAGGCUGUUGCUGAUCAUAAUGCCUGUAUACUAUCUCCAGUAUCAGAGACAAUAUGUCUCUGAAUAUCAGUGGCUGGGGAUCGCAGUCAGUACGUUUCCAAGCACAAUUCAAAGUGUUGAUGCUGACCUUUAAAGCCCUAAAUGGCCUCGGUCCUGUAUACCUGAAGGAGCAUCUCCACCCCCAUCGUUCAAUCCGGACACUGAGGUCCAGCGCCGAGGGCCUUCUGGUGGUUCCCUCACUGCGAGAAGCAAAGCUACAGGGAAUCAGGCAGAGGGCCUUCUCAGUAGUGACCAUUUUACAACAUAAUAAAACAGAGGGUUAUCGUAUGUUCUAACAUCUUUUGCACAAGCACACGCAUACACCACACAAACAAUUUUAAAAGAUAACUUGUCAUUUUCAUCAACAGUUCCUAAUUAUUAUUAUUAUUAUUAGUUUAUUUAUAUAUCUUACUGGGUUGACCCAGCCACUUUGGGCUGUUCCCAACAAAAAGUAGUAAAAACACAACACAGCAUCACACACUAAAAACUUCCCUGAAUAGGACUGCCUUCAGAUGUCUAUUUAAAAUUACAUAGCUGUAUGUUUGACAUCUGCUGGGAGGGAGUUCCAUAGGGCAGGAGCCACUACCCAAAAGGCCCUCUGCCUCUACCCCACCACUGAGCCUUUCUGGUAAGUGGCAGUGACACUGCUGCUGUGAGGAUGGCAGUGUGCUGCUGCUCUGUCUCCCUGCCAGCCACUAUCACUCAGAAGUCUUUGUGAACAAUCCUUCAGAUUAUCGGGGAAGACAUGAGGCUGCCUUUUCUUAUGUUUCUUACAAUGUGUAGUUCUGCUGUGAGAGUCACAAGGAAUUGUAUGGUCGGAACAGCAUGCAUGCAUUAAAGCAAUCUACUUGAACAGUAUGAAACAGUGUCAUUGAUGCAUUCUAAAGAUUUAUAGUGCUUAUUAAACAUUCAUGAAGACUUUGGCCUUGUCAAUGCCAAAUCUAUGCUAGGAGCAAAUAAUAUAUUUGUGCCUUUGGACACAAACUACUGCAUAUCUGUGGGUUGGAUAAGGUGAUAUUCCUACUCUGAUAAUAGCUUCCCUACAGAAAAACAAUUUAUACUGCAGGAACAUGCAACAUGGACAGUAGCUUGUUUUACCAUAGGUAUGCCUGGCAGGAAUCCAUAGGCAGUGGCAACUUCCUGUACAAAUGGCGGACAAAGGUGGGGUGUGUGUGUGUGUGUGUGUGUGUGUCACUGUGGUGUUUUUGCAAGGUUUUAUUUUGAUUUCUCUGUAGGUAUCUUCAAAUAUGCUGAGUUUUGCUCCUUUCCUUACUUGUCCUCUAGCCAUGGAUAAGAGAGAGCACCCAGGCAUAAAUCAUUGGAUACAUCACAUUUGGGAUUGGAUCGAUAUUAACUUGACUCAGAGAAGAUCAAGCCUGAUUCAAACGUUACAGUUGCAAUGGUGGCUGAUGUUCCUGCAGUUGGUUCACAUAUCAUUUGGGCAGCAUAUGAGUUGUCCAGAUAACACAUUGCCCCUAUCCUGCUUCCUCUUGAUCAAAACCACUAGUGCUUACAUGGGAAACACCCACAUUGUUUUGUCAAACCAUACUCAGAUGCUACCAGUGCAAUGGGGAGCUGACUAGAGGGAAAUGGCAGAUGACUCAGAUGCAACUUGAGCUGUAUCAAAAUUCAAAGUAUAUUUAAAUGAAAGAAUGAUUGAGCCUGAGGAUGGGUAAAUGUGUUUCAGCUAAGAGAGUCACCUUCCCUUGUGGCCAUCACACUCUUACGAUGGGAUUAUGGAAAGUAUGUUCAAAACCAGUCACAACAAAAUAUUGUUUGGCACACACAUAUUACUGCAUUAUUUAUUUCUGUUUUUGAUGUAGUUCUGGUUACACAGGAAUUCAAAAAAGUAUUUGGGACAAAGCCAACAUAUUUGAUCUACAGGACUGAGCACUGAAUGAAUAGUGCAGAGUUUUCUGCCAGUGUAUGAUAGGGAGUUUAUAAAUAUUACUCAGACAUGAGAGAAUAUGAAAUUGCAAUAUAAUAUCCUGGUGAACCUCAGAAGGUUAAAUUCCCAAAAGACCAGGACUAUGUUUGAUCCUGCCCUAGAAACUUGGAAGAGGAUGGGUGAAUUUAGAUAUUCUGGUUUGGAAUAUUCCUUAAUAAGGGAAGCCAGAAUGAAUGACAAUAUAUAUACAUGCUUGUGUGCUAAAGAAGAGAUGUUCUUGCAGUCGGCUGACCUAUUUUUAAGUUAGAAUAGAGAACAAGCAGCAGCUCUUGAAGUCUAUUUUAAACACCUUUCCAUUUUUGGCAAAAUAGAAAAACUGCUUUUUAUAAUGCCAUGUAGCAGUUGAAUUAUCUACCUAUCCUCUAUCAUAGAAACAGCAUAAGUGGAUGGGAUUUGUUUCUUCUAGCUGGCUAUGAGUUCCUUUGCUUGCAUGAAGACUUGAGAGUGGUAUUGCAAAUGACCACACAGCCUUCUCCAGUAGUGGGAAUAUAUCCAGUUGGAACUGAGUAUGCCUGAUUUCUGUUGGUUCUAAUUUUUGUUUAUUUUUAUUUGUAUAAAAAUGUAUGCCUCAUCCUCCAAGUCCAUACGCACUGCACACUUGACAUAUAGCCCCACCCCUUUCAGGUUAUAGCCUUUGGGGGAAAGAAAGGACACGUUUUUAGCUGUUUUGACUUUAAAUACAAUUGAAUCUUGUAUUUACAACUUGUUAGAUUGCAUCUUGAAGAAAUAUCCAUGUCUUGUGGUUUUAAGAAAUUGGUGGAGGUAAAGAUGGCAAUCAUUUUCUCUAAACAUCUAUUUACACUUAUUUUCUUGCCCUUAACUUUGAAUCUCAGAGAUUCUCAAAUGCAUUUCAAAGUAUAUCCUGAGGAAAUAGUCAAGGCAGUUUUGCCUAUUAUCUUACCUCAAUUCUCUGCAACCUGGUUGACAUCUGCAUUUAAUGUGUUUCAGCACACCAAGAAGACCAGAUCAAUCGGACCCCUCCUUUGGACAGAGAGCAGCUUCCCCAUCCCCAAAACCGGCUGCUCAGACCAGCGAAAGCACAAGAGAGAUGAGGAGCCAAGGGCAGACCCCCCAACAGGCUGAUGGGCCAAGGAGGACACUCCAAGUGGACAGCAGGAGCCAGAGAACAGGGCGUUCACCGUCUGUGUCACCGGAUCGAGGCAGCACCCCUACCUCACCUUAUUCUGUCCCACAAAUUGCACCCCUUCCUAGCAGCACACUCUGUCCUAUAUGCAAGACAACAGAACUCACCUCCUCUCCCAACCAGCCAAACUUCAACACCUGUACACAGUGUCACAACAAGGUCUGCAACCAAUGUGGAUUCAACCCCAACCCUCACCUGACUGAGGUAAUACAUAAACUGAACAUUUUAUGUAAUACAUAAACUGAUCAAGUUAUGGGGCAUCAUUACUUGAUUUCUGUUAGUAUGUCAUAACUCAGGUGAGGGCCUCCUUGCACUGUGUGAUAUGAAAAGGGGAGUCUGGAAUUCAACCUUUGCGGAUAGUUAUUGAGAUCUGAAACACUGAGUGAUGUGUGUAUGUGAUGAAGGUGGGAUGAGAAUGGUUUAGAGGACUGGGGAACUAUAGUGUUUGUAGUAAUGUCAUCAAAUAGGGGCAUAUGCAGUUUUGUUGAGAGCUUGGUUGUGUACACCUGGCUAAACUGCAACUAACUUUUCUAAAUGAAUUCUGUCAACCAAAACAUUUUAGCUCCUUCAUCUGAUACUCUUCUUGAAUCUCUUUUUAAGUUUUCUUAUGGUGAAUCUUUUUCUACCUUUUGCAAUAAGAAUAAAAGAAAGAGUGGAAGUAUGAAAGGGAAGAGAGAAAAUGUGAUACAGUUUUGCUUCAGUCAACAGGCUUGUUACUAGCUAAAGAUUGCUAACACUUGCAUGAAGCCUGAUAUACUCAGAUUUUUGUGUGUGAAUGGGGCUCAGAUAGCUUUGAGGCUUGAUGGUUGUGAAAUUCAGGAGCAACAGAAGAGAAUCUUUCCAUUGGCUGUUGAGUAGAAUAGGGAAUAAAACUAAGCAUCUGAAGAGCUCAGAUGUUAUGGUUGUUAUGUUAUGGUUGAUUUGGUCCUCUGAUGUGACAUUUUUAGAGAGUGGUUUUAAAUUAUGCUUUAUUGUGAAAUAAAUCUGUUACUUAUUCAUGGUGAGGGAUCCAUAGAUCCUUUCUGAUGUUAUCUCUUCUGCUGCAGUGAUAUCACAUUUUCCUAGCAUUCAUUCUGCAAUAUUUGGUACUGGGGAAAAUUGGUUACAAUCUCUUGUGUUGACAAACCUCCCCUGAAAUACCUUUGAUUUUCUCCUUGUUAGGUAUGUGUCACUCAAAAGACUUGUCUUCAGCUUGCAAACAGGCUAACCAACUGUAGCAGCUCCCAAAUAGUUCUUGGCCACAUUCCCUGGACACCAGUCCUUUGAUUUGUAUGAAAAAUACAUCAGGGUUGCAUAACCAGACUUUGGGCCAAGCUAGACAGUAUGUGAACGACAUGAUUGUAAUUCAUGUUCCUUAAUUCUAACCCCUUAAAUUUGAUAAGAUUAAGUUAGGGUACUCUUAAACUGGGGUACUUCUUACUCUUCUAUACUUUAAAACCAAUUAAGUCUUUCUCUUUGUUCAGGUCUCUAGCACCUAAAUGUGUGGGAUAGAAUAUAGGGUUGGUGAGAGUGCCCUUUAAUUUUCUAGUCUGGGGAGGUUCUCCUCUGACUCUUAUCAUCAUAAUUAUUUAUUAAAUCAAUGUGGUGCUUUUGUUAUUAAAUGGUUUUGCUUACUGACUGAUAUAUGGUAUUUUAUUGUACUCUAUUGCAUGUACUACGUUAAUGCACUGCUCACUGCUUGGUGGGCAUUUGCAUUGAAAAGCAGCAUAUAAAUAAACUGCAUCAUCAUUUUUAUGUUAUUAUUUUCCUAUUGUGUGAUAGGAGAGAGGCCACAAGUAUUAAAACUAUGGCAUGCAGGAAGCAUGCUGGUAGUUAACCCCUUUGCUGCACUUCCAACAAAUCCAGCAUCUCCUGUGCCAAAUAGCAGGUUUUUUAGGGUAGUGGGCUUUGACAUGGGGAAGGAGGGACCCACCCUUCACAUUGUCUUGAUUGCCUCUGUGGCUGCUAUUUAAUUUAAAAAUACCUAAAUAUAUGAAGAGCAGUCACACAAACAUAGGUGUAUUUCCUUGAUACAGUGGUACCUCGGGUUACAUACGCUUCAGAUUACAUAUGCUUCAGGUUACAGACUCCACUAACCCAGAAACAGUACUUCAGGUUAAGAACUUUGCUUCAGGAUGAGAACAGAAAUUGUGCUCCGGCGGCGGCGCAGCAGCAGGAGGCCCCAUUAGCUAAUGUGGUGCUUCAGGUUAAGAACAGUUUCAGGUUAAGUACGGACCUCCAGAACGAAUUAAGUACUUAACCCGAGGUACAACUGUAUAUUAUUGUGUGAAGCCCACAGAGCAAAUCCUUCCAUUGCUUUGAAUCCUUCAGUAGGUGCAAGGGAUAACAGAGUGGGCAGAGAAUGUGAGGUAAGUUGAUCGAGGCAGGGUGGAGUACGCCAUUUUGUUAAACUAGUUCAGUAUGGUUCGCCCCCACGUCCCACUGGUCUGAACAUGAGUACGAUAGCCCAGCUAACAAGAUUCUCUAGUUAUACAAGUUCCUUAUAUAAUGUUAACUCACUUGAGCAUCUCUCAAGCAGGGAGAUAACAUAAUACAUUAUCCUUCAUCUCACAGCCUUUCAUUUGUGAUUUAAACUGGAUGAAUUAUUUGUUGCAAUGUUUUGCUAUCUGCCCUUUUUCAUUUCAAAAUUGUUUACAUAUAAUUAAAGAUGCAUUACCCUAACCACUGUUACUGCUCAACCUCCAUUUAUUUCAAUGGAGUUUGAAAUUAAUGGAGUUUGUGCAGCAGCUGCGCUUGAAUUAUGUCCCGAUUUUGUUAAUGCAUAUUUGCCUGAGUACUUUAUGUGAAAUAUAUUUUGCAAUGAAUGUUCAUUAUGCUUUUCCAUUUAGAUAAAUGAAACUGACUUUUCUGAAUAGUAUUAAACAGUAUGGAAAGGUUGGGAAUACACAAAAGGAUCUAUAAAUCAAAUGCCAUACCGUACUUUUCUGUCUAUAAGACGCCCCCCCCCAUGUAUAAGAAGCCCCCUAUUUUGGGGGACUCUAAGAGAAUGUGGGGAGAUGGCACAGAAUUGUUAAGCUCUUUUUGUGGAGGAUAGCCCUGAGUUGUUGAGCUUUUUUUGCAGAGGGUUUUAGGGGGGUUGCUCACCUGCACGUCUUGUAAAAUCCGCCUCCCGUCUGUCCCCUCGCUGGCAGAAGCUGCCAAUUGCCUGCCCAAUUGCCGCAGUGUCAGCAAAUCAACAGCACCCAUUGACACAGCAACCAAUAACAUGCACAAUAGCGGUUAACAGCUGCGGCAGCAAUCAGUCAAACGUUCACCCUAUGCACUACCCUUGUAUAAGACCCCCCCCCAUUUUGGGGGCAUUAUUUUUAAAGAAAAAAAACCUAGUUUUAUACAUGGAAAAGUACGGUAUUUGUCGGCAUAUUUCAUAAUUUGCCCAUUUUACUUUUUGUUCUAGCAAGGCACAAAACAAAUCAGCUUGGAAAACUUCUGCUUCCUUUCUUUGUCAUUUAGGAGGAUUUAUAUCAGGGGUAAAAAAUCUCUGGCCCUCCAGAUUCUGACCAUUGGGCUUUCUCACUGGGGCUGAUGAGAGUUGCUGCAGCAACCUCUGGAGAAUCACAGGUUCACCCAUUUAAAUGAAAAUUAGCAAAAAAACCCCCAGCAAAUCCAGGCUGGUGAACUAUAUGAGUGACUAUUUUAGAUAAGGAAGAAAUCCUAAUUGUGUAAUAUGUUGCUUGUGAAUUUGAAAGAGACCAAUUUGAAGGGCUUGAUUAUUGUUUAUCAUGUGAAGUGUUGAUGCCACAGAGGAUGUUUUGAGCAGCCACACUGAGCAGGCCUCUAAUUCCAUAUUUUGACUGUACAAGCAAAUAAGUAUGUUAAGCUGCCUUUAUCAUAAAAUGCUUCAAACCUGUUUGUUUGUUUGUUUGUUUGUUUGUUUGUUUGUUUAACAAAUAUACCAUCUUUUACCCACAGGUCUCAGGGCAGUUCACAGAAUAAAACUAGAAAAUACAUAAUAAAAACAACAGCAACCCAAUAACCCCCCCUCCAAAAAAAACCUCCACAUGUCAAAAAAGUCAUCAGCACUGUAGGAAUGUUGAACUGACAUCAUGUCAGCACAUGUGUUUAUUAUUGUAGUUUUAAAGCCACAAAGUAAUUUAUAGGACAAACCAGAGACAAUAUAUUGUUACGAAUGCAAUUUUUACACACACACACACACACACACACACACACGCGCACACGAACACAGUCACCGACGGGGGAUCUAUUAACAAUGGUCUCUUCUGGUUUACUACCCUGUAGAGUUGCGAUACUUUGAAGAGCAAAAAAAGAGGAUGCUAUGACGACUCUCAUUUUAAAUACCCCUUCUAUAUGUAGGCUAUAGAAGCUGUGAUACAUUGCUGGGGGGGGGCAGGAGAAGAGAAGAUGAAAGCAAGUCUUCAGCCACCAGUUAUGUCUAUGUCUCAUCCAGAAAGUGUAUCCAGAGACAUUUUGGCAAAUUUAAAAAAUCCACCCGGACAGAUAUUUUACCCCAGAAAAAGCGGACAUGUCCUGGAAAAAGAGGACAUAUGGCAACCCUACUACUCUGUCACUUUACAAGGUGGAAGAAUAUUAACUGUUAAUAUCCAGGGACAGAAUACAAGGGCUAACAAUGAAGGAGAAAUCAUUUUCUGAACAGUAAUAUAUUUCUGUGGUUUCUGUUAUAUAAUGUAUUUGGGGCAAAUCUUCUUCGGAUGCCUCUUAUAAUUCUCGCCUUUGCAAAUGAAUGACUUGGUGUUAAGCCAGAAGGCUAUUUUCAGGAAAUUCUUUUCCUUAAACGUCAUUUGUUGAACGUUAGUAGUGCUAUCAUUCCUUUAGCUUUCUGAUUGACUGACAGGACGAAAGCUUUGCUUCUUGAAUGUAUUGUUGCCUUUUUUUUUGUAGUGGAGAUAAUCUGUAGGCUCUUUUGCUUUUUAGAUUCCAGUGAACAUUAAGGUGGAUAAAACAAAGUUGCUAAUUUGCAGAAUUAGUCCCCCGCCUCCCUCAACAUAUAUCUCAAUAGAUUUCAUUUGCUUAUCUGCUUAAGGCAUCAUCUGCACUAUAUGUUUAAAGCAGUACCAUACCACUGCUUGUUGGGGGUGCUGAGAAUCAUUAGAAGACCCCUAUUCCCCUUGGAAAGCUGCAGUUCUCAAUAGUGGUUUUAACAACCAAUCUCUCUCCCUUGGGGACUCUGGGAAUUGUAGCUCUGUGAAGGGAAGAAGGAUCUCCUAACAACUCUCUGAACUACAGUAACUACAGUUCCCAGGAUUAUUUGGGGGAGGUCAUGGUUUUUCAAAGUGGUAUAGCAGUGCUUUAAAUGUGUAGUGUUGAUGGGACCAUAAUAACCAGUGCAGUAUAUAAAAUACAUUUUUUCUUCUCUGAAUCAUUUAUGCAUUAUGCUUGAUGAUCCCAGUUAUGCUUUUAUAAAGUCAGUUUGGAUCUCUUUGAUUAUAAUAUACUUUUAAAAAUACACAUGUUGGUCCAGAUUCUUGAGUGCAGAAGUUUUGUAUUCUACUUUGUUUCUCCCCAAAAAGGCUCUAGUGUGGUUCUAAUACCAUAAUUUGUAUUUCCUUUGCCCCCUCAUCUUCAGUCUUCUGGUGAAAAUAAUUCUAAAUAAAGUACGAGCCUUUCAUGUGAGUUAGUUUAUACAUUUGCAGAAUGAGUUUGCAGAAGUAACAAGGAGUAAUUGUAAACUUUACCAUUAAUUAGGCCACACUGGGUUAACACGUCCAAUUUAAGAAGCAUGCUAACAAGCUGAAGAAAAUGGCACUGUGGAAAAGAUUUAGAAACAUUUAGGGAUCAAGACUAUUUAGGCUGUGAGAAAAGGCAGUUAAAUGACUACUUGAUAACAAUCCAUUUUCAGAUCCUUAAAGGUGACCAUAAAGAUGAUAAAGAACAGUUGUUAUCCACUGCUACAAUCCACAGGGUUAGAGGCAUAGAUUUUUGUGGCAACUUUGCUUCAGUUAGGUGGUUAAUUGAAAGAACAAGUUUCCUAGAUACUUUUGGAACCACCUAAAGGCCAAACUAGAAGCAUCUCAUGGCCAAACAGACAACGGUGCCCCUAAAUGCAGGGUUUUAAAACAUAAGUUGCCAGCGUAGAGCCCCCAAUCCAGAACAUGGGGCAUAAAGUUUUAAAUUAUUUCUGCCAGGGAAGAAAUAAUUCAGAUGGGAGUGAGUUUUACUGGUGGUUUUCAUGGGUGGGUGGGUGGGAGAAGCUCUGUCUAAAGCAAAUAGGAGUCUCUUUGAAGAGGAGAUGAGGUUUGAGAAAUCAUCCUCUACCUUUUCAGCUGAUGGUAGGACUAGAAAAUUAUUGGGAUCCUUCCCAAACUUGAUUCACUGCUUGUUUGAAUAGCUCAGAUUCUGUAUUCCAGUCUGUGUUAAACACAGUUUAGCAAACUUUUUUACAUCCAUGGAAGUAUGAUGAGUUGAUUUAAAUUGUUCCACAAGUGCAUGCUUUAAGUGCUGUGUUUACCAGGUUCUCCAAUGCCUGAUAAUUAAUCAUGAUGCUUGAGCAUGGAUUUGCUUAGGAGUGUUAGCAAGGUUAUGAACAUCCUUUGACAUUACUUUGCUACUUGGAAUGUUGAUAAUUUAGGGAACUACAAAUUAAGUGCAAUCUUCAAGGUAUUUACACCCACUUGGCAUUUAAUUUUUCUUUGCAUGAGAGGAACCAUAUUUUCUUUCAUUGCUCUGUGCUUAGAUAGUUGAUUAAUCAAGCUAUUGCUCAUUCUGUACCCAGGUAGAAUCUGUUUUCCCAACUAUGGUAGCAUCACUUUUGAAUCAUGUCAGGCUUAAUUGUUUUAGUUUUGAGAAGAAUGCUGCUGACUCUUAUAUCUGUUCAGUUGAGGCUAGGACCCGAACCAAUAGGUUCAAGUUACAGGAAAGGAGAUUCUGACUAAAUAUCAGGAAGAGCAUUCUGACAGUAAGAGCUGUUUGACAGUGGAACAGACUCCUCUGAGUGCUGGUGGACUGUCCUUCCUUGGAGGUUUUUAAGCAGAGGUUGGAUGGCCACCUGUCAUGGAGGAUUUAGUUGAGAUUCCUGCAUUGCAGGGGGUGGACUAAUGACCCCCGGGCCCCUUCCAACUCUAUGAUUCUAUAGCUAGCCAUACUAGUUAGUGAAUGAAACAUCAGCCUUAGAUGCAGCCACAGAAUGUAAAAAAGGAAGAGAACAAAAAGUGACAUUUUUGGUUCAGUAUAAAGAGGGCUUUUAAAUUUUAUCUGAACAUUUAUAUCCUGUUUUUCUAUAAUAAAAUCAAUGUAAGCUGGUUUAGAAUGAAAGUACAAAAAAAAAUUGGGGAAGAAACCCAAAAGCAGCACACAUAGUCAUAAAAACCACAUCAACAGCAGAAGAAACAGGGGUGCCACCCAUACUGUUGUUUAAUAUGGAUAGUAAGCUUUCUGUACCUUCAUUAAUUCUCCAUUGUCCAGAGGGAGAAUGUCAUAUGGACAAUGGAGAAUUAAUGGAGAUUUAGGAAGCUUGCUACCCACCUUAAACAACAGUAUGAAUAAACCUGAUCUUUUUUAACCAUAUAUUCCUAUAGUUGCAUAUUUUUUCUGAAUUUCUUAUAAAAUUGAUUUCAGAUCACUUUUUGUGUGAUUAAAAUAAUAAUAAAAAUAAUCGGAAACAUGCUUGUUAAAAUUUGUUUCAAGGAUUAAACAUCAACUUUGAUGUUAGGCCAGGUUUUUGUGUUUCUCUGUGUUAUAGCAGUUGACUGCAGCGGUGAUAGGUUUUUAUGCAACUGAAAGUGCUGUUGUAUAACUCUUUAUUCAUUCAUAUGGGUUUGGAACAUCUCUUUCCUUCUGAAAAUGGAAUAGCAUUCACUUUUACAAAAUGGCUUUUCUGCCUCCCGCUUCGCUUUGUAGCACAUUGUGCUCCACAGAAAUCUGCUGCUGGGGGUUAGGGAACUCUCAGGAAAGGAUGUUAUGGGGUGGGGCUGUAGAUAAGAGUUGGUUGGUGGAUAUCACUCCUUUCCUUGUGUGAAUGGAGGAGCAAUGUAGAUCCAAACUAUUGUCCUCUUGAUUUGACCUUUGGCCAGUAAUUAUUUUUUGUUUAUAUUCAGAAUUAACCUACUCCGACAUGAUGCAGCAAAGGAGAAUGUUAUAUAUGUGGGCAGAAUUUUAUCCCCUUAAAAAGCAUGGUUUAUGGCCUAAGCUUACCUUGAUAAUGCCCUUCAUCAAAUUGAUUAUACCCUCUUUACAUCCUUUAUCAAACAUUUUGUUAAAAGUUUUUUCUUGGCUGCUGCCCAUAGGUAAUGAGGAGGCUACCAUGAGUCUGGGUGUGGACAACACAUUAAGCCAAACCUUGGCUUGGUUCAGCAUGGCAGUAAAAAAUGGUCAGGAUGAGCAAAGUUGAAGUGAGCUCCUCUGCAAGAGCUCACACAUUCACACCAUCUUGGUAAGACAUAGUUUGCCUUACCGGUGCUGUAAUUAUAAACUAUAAACCAGUCUGAAAAUGUUUGUGAAUGGUUUUGUAAGUUAUACUAAACCCUUUCCCCAUGCUGCCUUGAAUUCCAGAGGGCAAUAUCCGCUAAUUGAGAUUUCAUCUUGUUGCAUUUUCAUCUUCUUACUCUUUUAUUCAAGAAAUAAAUAAGCAUCUGGCUUUCUUUUUAUAUCUGCUGCAGUAUCUGACUUCUAAAUAUACCUGUUCUUUUAAGUCUUCUCUAAUUUGGUAUUUAUUUUCUGUCCCCUCAUUUUCAUCAUCUCUUUUAUUGAGAAGGAACUGCAGGCUAACAAGCCUUUUACAUAAUGGCAUAUUUCUCAACUUCAUUUCUCUGACUGCAGUGCCAUACACCCAGAUACUUGGCAGUAAGUUUCAUCAGAGCAGGACUUAUUUCUAAAUAGAGAAGUAUAGGAUUCUGCUGUCAUUAUAUUAAAGAGAAAUAACAAGUUAUCCCCACUAACAAAGUGUACAAUUGUUCAGAACCUUUGAUAACAUCUAAGGUUGCUUUAUGUGCAAACAGUUCCAAUUGCUCCUUCCUCUCCUGCUCUGGUUCCCUCCUCUCAUUUACAGAGUGGGGAAGAAUAAUGAAAGGAGUGUUUUAGCUAAACAAAAAGAUGAAGCAAGUGCUAAUAAAAAUGUGUUGGAUACAUUAUUCACAACGAAUAAGGCAAUUAGUUCUACCGACAGUCCUCUUUAGAUUGUGUCAUCCACAUGUUCUGCCUCCGAUAUAAGGAGUGAGCAAGACUAAGCAGGAGUUCUGCAACAUUUAAGAGGUAUGAUAAACAGUAUGGGCGUUUCAGAUUGAAACAUUACGCUUUCUUCAAAGGAUGUAGGCGUGUGGCUUUCUGUGUGGGAGAGGGAACAUGGGGGUGAAAAGUAAUUAAAGCAGCAGGUAGCAAAGGCAACAACUUUGGAUGUAUUAAAAACAGCAUGCUUUCGUCUUUGCAAUUGCUGCUUUGCCAAGGGCAGCGGGAAGAGCCUUGAACAAGGGUAGCCAGAUGUGCCAAGAUUCCAAAUGCAUAGUUUUAGGCAGCUGUUGAAGCAUGCAUUUGUGAUAUCUGCCAUUCAAAUGAUCUCAGUUGUUUCUAAUUAAAAGCAAAUUCAUAUUUGUAUCAGCAGAACCCCUAAUGUCAACCAUUGGCACUAGUGACUUGAAAACUGAAACCUAGGUGGCUUUAACUGACAGACCGCAAUAUGUUCAGCUGUUUUAAGUCUGACUCCAUAGCGACGGAUUCACAGGUGAGCCAGUGAUAUAUAUAUCUGCUCACCAUUUAGACACUCUAGUCAUUGCAUCUACAAACUAAGUAUAUUGGUGUAGAAUGGUGUGAAUCAGAGUUUCUGCAAGGCUUACCCAUAUACAUACCUGGAUCUGCAAAUAGCUGCUUGCACUGUAAAUCCACCAUCCAGUAUUUCUAGUGUUCUGCGGUGCAAAAAAAAGAAAAGAAAAGAAAGCUCCAGAUGCAUACUGCAAUAUAACUUAAAAUACUAAGAAAUGAAAUUUGAUCUCUACAAAUGCAAAGAAAGCUUACUAUAUUUUGGGCAUGUCAUUUGCAGUACAUAUUCUCAAAUCCUGGAUAAAGUUUCUUGUUUCCCCCCAACAUACUGUAGCUCUUCAGUGAUUUGUUUGUUUUGCUUUUGCAAAUCUUGACAGUUUGUAACUUGAAAUGUUUCAUUUAAAACACUGGGGAAGAAAGAAAAUACUCUAAAGGGCACAUUACAUGAAAAUGUACAUACAAAACUCCAGCAUUCUGGAGCCUCAUAGCGGGGAAAUUAACUGCAGUGGGGAAUGGCAGCAGAAUAAUGUUAGACAAUGCAUCUUUUCCCCCACUCCACAUUAUGUGGAGAUACAUGGCCUACCACUUGUGUGCCAGCCCUGACCCAUCUUGGCUGAAAACAUUUGAGGGGCAAAGCCUGGUAGGGUGUCUAAUGGCUCAUUAAGACAGAUUGGUUCCAGCAACCUGAAAGGAGGAAGUAGUCUGAUCGUUGUAAAUAAUUUUUUCUUGGGAUAUAAGGGAAAAAACCUUUUCCAUAAUCGCUUUUCAUUACAAGAAGAAGCUGCUGAAGUAUUGUUACAUGCAGUUGUAUGUAUCUGUAGCUUGUUCCCCAGAAUUCUCACUGAAAAUCAUUAUUCAGUCUCGGUUAAGCUAUUACUCUCAGCGUAUUUUCAAUAAGAAGGAAUGAGAUAUUAAUACAUUACAUUCUACAGGUAGAGGCAAUUGUCUUACCCUGUGCCUCCAUGUCCAGGGCACUAGACUGAUUUAAAAGCAUCUCUGGCAUUGUAUUAAGAGAACUAGAGAACUAUUUAUUUUCCUUACUUCUUGUCUGCGAAACUGAGCUGUUUUUCUUCAAGCUUUCAAAAAAACAGGCAGAGAUUAAGUAUGUUGAGCCAGCAGAAGUAGUUGUGUUAAUGAGCAAAGCGAUAAGAGAACAGAAAAUCGGGAAUUAUAUUAGGCAUCUUAGACUAAAACAGAUGACAUUUCUAGUUGUAUUCACUAGUCAUGUCUGAGACAUCUGCCUUUAUUUCAAAGGAGCUGCUGUUUUAAGUGGACUAUAAAAACAAGAAAUUUUAAGCUUUGAUUUUGAAAUGUCACUUUUAUAGGUCCUGUGACUAUUUUGAAUCAAAAAUAGCCUAAAGCAGGGGUAGGCAACCUAAGGCCUGGGGGCCGGAUGCAGCCCAACUGCCUUCUUAAUCCGGCCCACAGACGGUCUAGGAAUCAGCGUGUUUUUACAUGAGUAGAAUGUGUCCUUUAAUUUAAAAUGCAUCUCUGGGUUAUUUGUGGGGCAUAGGAAUUUGUUAAUUUCCCCCCCAAAAGUGGCCCACCACAUGGUCUGAGGGAUGCUGGACCAGCCCACAUCUGAAAAAGUUUUCUGACCCCUGGCCUAAAGGAUGUAGGUUUGUACUACAAAUUUCCAUAUGAAACCAGUGUGUUCAUCUUAUUUAUUUAUAUAUGUUACAUAUUUCACAAGAUUUAGAUACCACUUGAUUGUAUUGCAUUCAAGUUUAUUACAAAAAAGAAAUAAAAUUAUCAUUUAAAACAUUAAAAAAUAGUUAAAAUCCACAAUAAGCUUAAAAUCCAGAUUAAAACACAUGCCAACAUUCUAAAGGUCUGGAUGUCAAAAGGCAGGGAGUUCCAAAGUGUGGAUGCUGCUACUCUCAAAAUCAAUUUCAAUUUCUUACAAGCAUAGAAUGAGUACUAUGUGGCAUCUGUAACAGUGCCAGUUACACAGAUCAAAGUGGUCAAGUGGGCAUAUAUGAGGUGAACUUGCAAGCUGAAUCAACUCUUUCACUGCUCUUGUUAGUCUUUGUUUAGAUGGGCAUAGAAGGCUUAAAUAAAACAAUAUAUGUAAUGUAAAAACUCAGACAAGUGCAGUGCUAAGGCAUGAAGAUGGCACGGUUCGCAUUCCUAAUUUCAUUAACCAGAUAAUUCUUGUGCAGCAACAAGAGGUUGUAAAUGGAUAAGACUGUAGUGACAGAUGAAACAGAGUAACUGUGGCAUUUGAAGUGCUUUGUAGAGUCUUCCCUGUGUGCAUGGCCCUUGCUCUGUUCAUUGGUCUUUUUCUCCCUACUGCAUCCCCCAAGAGUUCGAAAUCUCCUAUAAUUGCCAUCCCUUCUGAAAAUAAUAAUAAUAAUAAUAAUAAUAAUAAUAAAUUAUUUAUACCCUGCACAUCUGGCUGAGUCUCCCCAAAUACAAAUACAUGGAGUGGCUCUAUACUGUGAAUGAUUGUCUAUCUUCACAUGAGUCUGUCUGUACUUGGCCAUUUGGGCUCUGGUGGGUCACUACUGGAUAUUGGGUGUUUUCAGUGGUGGAGCCCUGGCUUUGGAACACACUCCCAGAAGAUCACCUGGCACCCACUCUGAUGUCUUUCUGUCACAGGCAAAGACCUUUUAUAUUCCUGGCGAUCUCUUUUGCUUGGAUUAUAUUUUAUGUUGCUUUUAUAGAUUUGCUAUUUUUAACAUAUUUUAUGUAUUAUUUACUUCAUAUUGUUUUUAAUAUUUUAUGAUAAGAUGCCCUGAUACUUGAAGAGAGCAGAAUAAAUCUUUAAUAAUAAAUGACAAAUAAAUAAAUACUGAGUGCAGAUCUCUCUGCCCCAUCAUAAAAAGAGCACCUUGUUUCCGAUGAAAGGCUAAUGUGUUUGGUUGAGGCUGUUUAGGGGGGAGGAAAGACAGUGUGAAUAAAGUUGAUUAGGAGCAGAUUUCUCCCUCUGUCAAAAGGCUAAAACUUGGGGUCAUCUAAUAAAAUUGAUUGUUUAAGUCCUUGCACUCUGUGCUUCCAGAAAACAAAACUUUUAUAGGCAUCUCAGAAAUGCUGCAAUGAGGAGGCAUAAUCUCCUAGUGCCUUGCUGCUGCUAUGGGGAAUUAAUAGUAGUACAUCUUUUUUCUUCCAAUUUCUGGUGCAUUUUCAAAGGAUGUCUCUUUCUGGAUUUAGAGUGUGUCCAUAACCUUGAGUCACGGAACGGGUAUUUUAAGUAAGUCCAAGCUGAAGUUUCCCUCCUUGUAUAAACAAAAUUAAAGAAAUUAAGCUUAAACCCCUUCACCUCCCAAGACUAGGAUGAGUAACUUCUAGUUUGAUAAGUAAUUUACCAUUGGCUUUCUGCCACAACAAUGCAAAUGUACAGAGAGAAGCACAGUGGAGAGUAGAAAGAAAUGUUAUCCUACCCUGUUUCUUGGCAAUUCCUUCACUUCUAAUGGAUAUGAUGAAUGGUAUUCUCAUUCUCUCUCUCUCUCUCUCUCUCUCUCUCUCUCUCUCUCUCAUACAAGCCAGAAACAGUAAACAUACCAGCUUUAAUGUUGAGCAAAGACGAGAUUAUUCAGGAACAUCUAAUGUUCUUAUCAGAGUGGCGCAGACACUGCUUGCAUCAGUCACGGUUCUGGCCUCUGCAUCAUAGUCAGCUACAGAGCUCUUCCAAUUUAAUAGUCACUACCAGGCAGCUACUAGAAACACUGUCCUGAUAAAGCAGAAGUUCUUGUCACUGUACAUAAUUGAACCUUGCAGAAAGAAUCAGGGUUUAUAAAAUAUAUUACCUGAGGGAAACCUUUUUAAAGAGGGCGAGAAUGAGGAUAGACACAGGUAGCAGACGUAGGCAGUGUCUUUGUCCACCUUGCAGUUUUGUUUGCAUAUUAUCAUGUGCAUAUUGGGAGAGGAAUCGUUCUUAACAAGAAGAUGCUGUGUGGUUUGUCCAUACGAUGCAAUAAUUUCCACUACAGAGUGGCUGGCUGUAAUCCUUGGAAAUGUCACACAGAGUACAUUAAGAAGCUCUGCAGGAGACUGAAAAUGGUGGCACUCCUGGGUUUACUAAAGCAGCUUGCCCAAGUGAGGCAGCUGGUACACAAAUUAAUAGGUUUCCCCUGACAUAAUCUUUUUAGACUCAGUUCUCAUGUUACUUAAGCAUAUGUAGGUUUCGAUCUCGGGAGGGACGGGUGUACGGCUUGGUUGUAUUGUGUAUAAAGAAUGGCUGCGUGCACAGUAUACCUUCAAAGCACAUUUCCCACCUCAAAGAAUUCUGAGGGCUGUAGUUUACCCCUCAUAGAUUUACAAUUCCCAGCAACCUUUAACAAAUUACAGUGCUCAUAAUUCUUUGAGAGGGGAAAUGUGUUUCAAAUUUGCUUUAAAAGUAUAGUGUAUAUACAAAGCACCUGUUAGUCGUGAUACAGAUUUGGAUGCCUGUAUCAUUGUGAUUUUUACCUUACUUAAAAUAAGAUUUAUUAUAAGUCAACACAAGUUCUGCUUAGGUAAAGCUAACCUAACAAUCAGCCUUUAUAGGCCUGAACAAUUUGGAAAGCAAUAAAGAAAUUUAAUGAUAUUGAUGAUACGUUAUUUAGAUCUUUUCCAAUCCGAUUCAGGCCUAGCUUGGGACCGAAGCAGCCUUACUUUGGUGGAAGACCUCUGCCAUGAGCCAGACAAAGAGACUGCAUCCCUGUUGGCUUUUCUGGCCUUUGAUACCAUUGGCUAUGACAUCCUCCUAGGAUUUCUGACUGGUUUAGGGUUAGGAAGUACUGUGCUUUGACUGGGUGUUUCCAGAAGGUAGGUGUGGGGCCACUGCCUUAUGAGGACCCACAGGAUUCUAUUCUUUACAUCAUGCUAUUCCGUAUAUAUAUAUGAAACUGCUAGCAGGUCAUCGGAGGUUUUUGGUGAUGUGUCAGCUGGGGAUGGAGAAGGAAUUUGUUUGUUCCACUUUUUGCAGGUGACCAGCUUGAUCUGACAUUCCCAAAUUUGUUUGUGGACUGGAACACAACUCCCAGUCAGAAUACUCACUUCUCCAGAUUUUGGAUGUUUCAGGGAGCAAAAAUUAUGCACGGCAACCUGUCAUUCAUUCAUCAGUCAUAUUAUACUAGCCGUUGAUAAAAGUAGAUAAAGGUUCAGUAUAAAAGUUUCAUCACAGAAAUUACAUUAUAGGGCAAACAUACUAAAAUAUAACCGUGUGUGAACAAGGGAGGGAGAUCUAGAACAAUAACAUCUCAAUUUAAACUGAACCAAACAGAUUUCUUAUCUGCUUAGGAGUCCCCUACAUUAACUGCCCUGAUCUUUUCCAUUUCUUCCACUUGAGAUUUCCUUGCUGCUAAGUCAUGCAGCACUGACAAUUAUUGACAAAUCUUCUAAUAAGCAGAUGAUUUAUUAAUCAAAACAGGUUAUUUAAGCUAGGUUAUUUCUCAAGUAUUUCCCCUUGACCAAUCAUAUGAGGGAUAUUUUAGUAUAUAGUGAAUUACAUUCUCUGUUUGAUUCAAAUUACAAAUACAAAUCCAUUGGGAGAUAGGAACUUGUUUGUAUGCUUGGGCAACUUGGAGAGAUUUCUAAUUCAGUCGUAUGUGAACAGAUUUUUGUUGUUAUCAGGGGCCUCUCUGUGUGAUCUGACCAAAGUUCAGUUAAUAGCCAAAAGAAAAACUUACAUUUUAAUGCAACCUAUAGAGAAAGAACUCUUCCCUGCUCUCUAUUUUUUAUUACUUUUGUGAGGUUCUUUUGCACAUUUUGCACAAAAUGAUUUUUUUAGCAGGAUGCUGGAUAACACAGUUUGCCUGUGCAUCCCAUGCAUCCAUAGAUUUACUGUACAAAUUUCAUGCAGAAAUACAGUUAAUGUUUUUAUCCAGUAGUAUAGAUAAUCUUGUUUAAAAUCUCUGGCAUAUGUUUUUGUUUCAGUACUUCCUCAGAAGCUGUUGUUUGGAUGGCAGCCAAGAUUGGCUCUUCCCAAGAUACUACUGAGUACAUAACAACAUAACAAUGCAAUAUUAAAAAUAGACAAUAGACAAUGUUAUGAACUUUACCUGUAGCAUUCCAACAAAAUUUCAAAGCUGAAAACAAUUCUCUAAGGGAAUAAUUAUCCCUGAAUUUAUAACUGGAAGAACUCUAUAUGGUAAACGAGCAUGAGGAAGAGAUAAUCUGUAAACUGGAAGCUUCAGCCCUAGACUGUGAGGAGAAUCAGAACUUACAGGGUUAAACAGUUCUGUGUGACGUCUCACAUUCUGAGGCGUGGUUUGGUUCACAUACGGGAAUCUUUCCUUGUGUAUGAGUUUCCUUUCGUUUUUGGCUGAGAGACGAAAGAAUGUCCGCUCUCUCGCCGGGCUGAUUUAUGAUGUUUUUCUUCUCAUUAAAGGCUGUUAGAGAUUAGCAAGAAGCCUGCGUUCAGUCUGAUUUAUUAUCCACACACAAGGCAACACUUUCUACCGCUGCAGAACUCUGCUAAGAGCUCAAGUUUUUUCCUAUCGGCACAAGCGUCCAUCGGCACAGGGGAAGUGUGCCGGGCGCCAUCUUAUCUCAGCAUAGACAUGUUUUGCUGGCCCAGGCCCAGUGCAGAUAUGGGUGGGACGGGGCAGUUAUGAUAUUAGUUGCAACAAACCACAAGACAACAGUAUUGGGAUUUUACAGGCCACAACUUUAUUGAUUACAGCUGUUAGCAGGUUUUGGCAUCAGCAUUGAGUGUGUAUCCUAACAUCGACCAGCCCAAUUGCUGACAGAUGCUUGACAAGGUUAAGGGUCACCCUAUCUUGUACAUCAAAUCUGGGUAGCCCCACCCUUAAGACCACCAUUUUGGGGAGCUAUGGCCCAUCAGUCCCUUUUUGGACAUCAGGACAAAGCACUGCCCCCAGGAUCCCUUUAAAGGGAUACCGUGAUCCCAACGUUGAACUGAGGCUAGGUUUUCCCUCUGGUUUGCUCCCAAGCCACAACCUUUAGCUUGCCCGUGAAAAUUGAGAGGUGUUUUACAAUGUGUGCUUUUCAUGUUAAUAAUAAUCUGUAUGGGGGGAUGGCUAUUGUUUUGUUUGUUAUUACGUUGUGUAUUUUUGCGUUUUUAUACUGUAAACUGUCCUGUGAUUCUUAGUUGAGGGGCAAUAUUUAAUUUUAACAAAAUCAGUUAAUGGUUGGCCUCCAGCUCUCAGUAGCCUGAUAUUAGCUAUGUUAAUGUAUAUAGCUUUAUGUGGGGAAGUACAGCAAGGUGAAAACAAUAGGGCGCCCAUGACGAGGCAAUGAGUUCAAAUUCUAAGAUGCAUUCAGUUUUCAGGAAGGAGCUGCAAAGCAGUCUCUGUCAGUACAGUACAUUGCACUGCAGUAGGCCGGAAGUCUUUUUGCCUGUACGCUUAGAAGUAGCAGCAUUGUUUGUAAAAGGAGGCCCUGAAGAGACUUGUGUUGCGGCCUUCAGCUUGGGGGGGGGGGGAUGUGUAAAUAUGUGGACCCACACAGGCUAACACUGUUUUGUGUGAAUAUCUUGAUGCCGACAUGCGCUAAGGUUAUAAAAUGUAAGUCUGUUUACUCAGAGCGGUUUGCUCUUUCUAGUAUAAUAUCUAUUGUGUAAAGCAUCAGUAUUGUACCCUCCAGCUAAACUCCCUCCCCCCCCCCCCUGUACAAAAAUCCAAUGUCUUUAUGUGUUUGCUUCUGCUUCAGGCAUAAGGUACCAGUGAAUGAAAACAAUUUUGAGCACCAGUGAUCCUUGUUGCCUUCAGGCCACCCUCCUCCCUCUCAAGUUGCUAUUUUAAUUCUGAGAAAGACAAAGAAUGACUAGCCAGGGCCCUGAGGCUUCUUGUUUAUUCACGUGCCUGUCCCAUGGCCCUUUUCAGCACAGCACCAAAAAGCACCCUAAAUGCUGUUGCCUUGAUUGAGAGGGCUGAUGUUGAAGGUGUGCUGUGUUGGCUGCAAUUUUUUUAAGACAGCAAAGGGAAAGAAGCCUAGAACUGCAGAGAAAACACCUACACUCACUGUGGGCAGACUUUCCUACAUUUCUUGCUUGCAAAGCAGGGAAGAAAGACCUGUACGCAUGGACGUGCUCAGACCUUUUGGUCUUUUCCAGGAGCCAAAGGACAAAGAACAUCUAAAUGGGAUCUAGUGAGGCAUCAAAUCACACAAGAAGUAUUUCUUAAUGAACUGGAAGGGUUGUCCUUUUGCCUUGGGCUGGGUUGCUGGAGGAACGUUUUGCCGGUUAUAAUUGACAGCUCAGUGUCUUGAUUGGAAGACCUGCUCUCAGAUAACAGAGGUGUUGUGCUGUCUAGUUUCUGAAUGUGUGUGUGUGUGCGUGCGUGUGCAGGUGGGGGGGCAUUCUUUAUUAGCUCUGUUUUCUGGAAGUUCCCCCUGUAAAAGUUCAGCCCCUAUAAAAUUGAUUUCUGUUGGUUGGUGAUUAUAGGAUGGGGAAGCUGUAGCAGGAAGCCAGGCCUUUAAAAUCACUGGGACUAGGAUGGGUUUAAUUCUGCUUUCAGAGUUAUGGAACCCUCUUACAUACAACUGUAUAUCAUGGUUAGUAGCAGUGCUUUUUUCCUGGGGAUACGCAGGGGUACGCCUACCCCUAAACAUUUUGUGAAUCUAAGUUUGGCCUCAUUAAGGGGCAGUAUUUCAAUAUGAGUAGGAAACUGAGAGUACCCCUAAACUUUUUUUUUAAAAAAGGAAAAAAACGCUGCUUAGUAGGUAUGAUUUUCUGUGGAUACUUUUUUUUUUUGUAAAUAGUGACUUAAUUUAUUGGACAAUUCCUGCAUUCUUUCAUAAGUCACACAGUUUCUCAUCUUUGGACUACAAAUGGGGUUGCACAGAAACCUAAAGCCUUGAUUAUGUUUUAAAGACUGGUUUAGGUUGCAGUCUUAAUGCAUACUGACCUGGCAGUAAGUCCUGUUGAACUCAAUGAUCCUUCCAAGUAAACAUUUAUAGGAGUGAGUUGCCAGUCAUGCAAAAGCUGUCUGUAUUGUGUUCAUUGCAGUUGUGCCAUUUUAAGAUACUAAAUCAAUAGAAUGAAGAAUGAAUGAAGUUAAUAGGCUUGCAGGGGGUGGGUUGAGGGGCCAGUAUUUUUUUUCUUCUGGAAGCCUUAUCAAGGUAAACAACACAUCACAGACAGUUGCAUUUAAUACAGCCUUGUUAGGCAGUUUGUGAUUAGUAAAGUUUGACUGGAGAUGCAGCAGGUGAAUAGGGGUACUUACCCCUUUCCUCCCCAGUUUUUCUGCACCAAAUUCUCCAAUCCAUCUCUAGCUUCCUUUUCAAAUGUAGACAAACUGGGCAGUUGUCAGGUACAGUUGGGUGGGGUGUUGCUUGCAGAGAUGACAACACUUUGAGCUGGAACAUCUAGUUCAAUCUCACCUAGUGCUGCUGUCUUAGUGCAGCCUUUUCAGCUCUCCUGCUAAGUAAAGCAAUUACUAACUGCUGCGUCAGCGGCACUGGAAGCAUCUUUGAUAAGUGUGCUAUUUCACAGAUUGGUAUAUAGCUACCAGUUGCUUUGCAGAUGCUUUUUGACACACAGAUGUGGUUGGUUGAGUACUGAAAAUCACAGGAAUUUAGCUUUCUCCUUUUGCAUAUAUCAAGGCAGAGGCUGUUUUGAUUGAUUAUGAAGCAUUUCCUCCAGUUUUUCUUCUCUCUCUCUCUCCCUUCCUGAGGCAGCCUAUUUUUAUUGUUGUGAUUUUUGUACCAGUGUAAAAGGAACACAAGAAGCAACCGUGAACACAAGAAGCAAUUUGUCCCAGAAAGCAGGCAAAAUUAAUACAUUCUACACACAUAAUUCACUGGCACAUACAAAACUGUUUUUCACUGAGACAUUGGUUCGUAUUGCAUAACAUCUGUUUUUACAGCAACAUUUCAGGGUCUCAGGCGGUGGUGUUUUUGAGCAUUCCUAUCUGAUAUUUUAACUGAAGAUUGAACUCAGGACCAUUGUGCAUACAAAGCAUUGCUCUCCUACUGGGCAGCAGCCUUUUCACUACUGAUGAACCAUUUUAUUAAUGCAGUACUGCAUUUUUGUAAUAGUUGAUUUUGAAAAAUUAUAUAGGAAGUGAAGGAUAUCUGUAAUUGUAAGCUAUUUUGUGUAUCUCUUCAUCCAUUUUCAAACUGGUGUUGUUGAAUAAGUGUCUCUGGCAGGUGGAUGAAAAUGGCAGUCUUUUUUGUUCCUGACUCUGCUACUGCCUUAUUGGUUUGUUUGUUUUCUCAGUGGUGAGAAAGGUUUUUUGAAAAGUCUGCUUACAGCCUUUCAAAGCUAUGAAAUGUUGAAACUAAAAUGGCUGUGCAUUCUGCUCUGAUUCACAUAGCAUUAGGUCUGUGGGUAAAGAACCAGAAGGGCAAGUUUCCCAAGGUUAAAUGAAAAAGUAGAUUCCGUUUCGGAGUGAUCAGUUGCAAAGAUCGUCACGCCCCUUGAAGUCUUAGUAUCAGCAGUAGCAUUUCAACAGUUCUAGAACUGCCAGGGCCCAAAUGUGUGACUCCUCCAGCUCUUUAGCCCCAGAAGAUGAACUGGUACUUAAUCAUGGGCUGAGGAUCCUCAGUUUGGAAAUAGUUUGGGACCAGGGGGGCUGGCAAGCAGUAAGAGUUCAGGGAGAUUGGGAGGACAGGAUUAAAAUGGUGGGAUUUAAUACAUGCUUUGGGCUUCUUGAGUUAAAAGAGCAACUAUAUGCAUUGCUGCUGCCCUAACUGUCUCAGCCUUGCUCUGAAAUUCUCAGCUAUUAUUUUCCUCUAUUGUAAACCUUUCUUGACUAUGCUGCUUUUUAGGACUGCAAUUGCUUGCCUAAGAAAAUCUCCAGUUUAUGAACUGUGAUUAUCCAACAGUGUGUUAUAUAUUAAUAUUUGUACAGUCACAUGGUGUCCUGGGGAUUCAAAGAAUCAAAAGAUUUGCAGCUCCCAUAAAGCCUCUUUAAUUAACUUGAUUCAGAUAUUAUUGUGUCACUGGGUAUCUCUCUCAUGGGGAGAAUGUUUCAUUUGUUAGUACUUAGCCAAGGCAUGUCACAGUUUUCAUUUUGUAUCUAGGGGUUUCACAUGUAUUGAGCGAAAAUGUGUCUUGCUUUCAGUCAACCAUAUAUGUCUGGUGAGGAAGGCUGAACCUUUCCAUCUUGCCUCUGAGAUGCUGCUGUGUUUGCUUUCCAGAGCUUUGAAAGGUUGUAGAAUGUAGUAAAGCUUAAUCUUUUCAGUCAAUGACCAACCUGGCAGCAGUGUGCAAGUCAUGCUGCCUGGGUAUACAUAGUACUACAUGAUUUUCACGUGCCACUGCCAGGGUUGGCCAUUCAUUGAACAAGUUUUCCCAGAUAAGCCAGUGCAUUGGAGAAUACUGAGCUGAACAGUGCCACUAAACUAAGUCUCACUCAUACUUGUAGGUGGCCUCCUUGGCAGCACACAGGGCUGCUGUGCUCCCGCUUAGGCCGUGUUCACGCUUGAACUCAGGGGCGGAGGAAGGGGUGUGUGGUAGGGGUGGUCUGCCCCGGGUGUCAACAAUGAGGGGGGUGACAAAAUGCCAGGCGACACUCACCGCAGGGUCUGCAGUGCACGCAGACCCUCUCCUGGGAGAGAUGCGGUGGCUUGGGCAUACGCAGGCUCCGCACUACCCAAGCGGUUCGCCCACUGCCUCCCCACCAGCUGUAGGGCAGCUGAGUGGGAGGAGACAGGCAGGCUCUGGAGGCCCCGCGGUGUGCCUCGCCCCUAUGGACGGUGCGCCCCAGGCGGCUGAGCGGCUUCCUCCGCCACUGCUUGAACUGAUAACACCAGAUGGAGGCCAGCUAUGUUGCCACUGCCAUUUGCCUAAUCAUACCAGCUUUAAAAUGUUCACACAAACAGUGUGGCAUGGCUGUGAAGAUGUUGGGGGACUUACAUGCUCCUCAGUCCCACAUUCUCCUCGGAUGCUUAGGCCGAGGCCUUCAUCAGACGUGAACUAGGUCAUAGAGACAAAUUUAUGCUGGAUGUAUUAGAGACAGAGAUUUCACUGGAGGCCUUCAAAGAAAAGAAAUAGUUGACAGAUGGACCCCUGAUGUUUAUUGAGUAGCAAAAUAUCUUUCUGGAGAAAGAGUUUAUAGAUAUGUACUGAGUCUGUUUUGUUCAUUGGGUAGAAAAGCAACAUUCAACAAGGGACAAAGGUUCUGUGUUCUCAUGUUGCCAGUCUAGCUGUCUGAUGACUGAGUUGUGCAUGUAUCUUUAUGGGCUUUUCUUUGUUUUUGUCUUCUAGGUGCAAGAAUGGUUAUGUUUAAAUUGCCAGAUGCAGAGAGCUUUGGGGAUGGACAUGACCACUGCACCCCGUUCCAAAAGCCAGCAGCAGCUACAUUCCCCGGCACUUUCCCCUUCCCAUUCCCCAGCCAAACAGCCACUGCCCCAUGUGGCACCAGGACCAGAGAAACAACCAGGAACUAUGCAGCCAGGCCCCAGGCCAAGUGCUGGUGUCAUGCAGCCUGAGACCCCCAAACCACCCCCUGCUUCAGCCCAGAGGGAACCACCCAGCCAAGCCCAGCCAAAACCUGCUGCUCCUCAGGAAGUGGUGAGGUCUUCCCCUCAGCAUCAGCAAGCAAAGCCUUCGUCCACUGAUCAGAGAAAGACUGUGGGAGACUCUCCAGCUAAGACUUCGGCCCCUGCCCCCAGUGCUGGGGCGCAAGAGCAGCCCCAAGAGGGCCUCACUGGUAAACUUUUUGGAUUUGGGGCUUCCCUCUUGACCCAGGCAAGCACACUCAUGUCUGUCCAGCCAGAGGCCACCCCACCAAGUCAGCAGUCCCCUGGCAAAGUGCCUCCGAAAAUUGUCUUCAGCGAUGCCAGCAAAGAAGCUGGUCCUAAAGCCCCAGGCACCACACCUGGAAUGCAGGGUAAGGCUGGAACUGUCCCGGCUGCAAAGCAAGCAAAAGCAGAACAAGUAAUUAAGCCAAAGGAAGUGCCGAAAGCAAGGGUCUUGUGCCCCCUCUGUAAAGCAGAGAUCAACGUGGGCUCCGGUGAACCCUCCAACUAUAAUACCUGUACAUCCUGUAAGCAGCAGGUCUGCAACAUGUGUGGAUUCAACCCAACACCUCAUCUGGUGGAGGUAAGGCUCCUAAUUUAAUUUUUAACACAGUGUUGAAAAGCAGUGCAUUUCCUGUAGCUGGUUUCAAUAUAGAUAAGGAUAUGGUUAAUAAGGAUAUGAAUGGCAGUGCAUGUUUUUAUUGGUUUGAUGGGGGAAAUUAGCAACUAUUCUCAUAUGAAAAGAAAUGCAUAAAGGAAUCUUACGUAGUUUCCCUCUUGCUCCUCCAAAAUUUGGUUUUGGAAGAGACUGGGGGGAACAAAGCGAUCAUGUUUUCUUGGCCUGUGAGAGGAUGAGGGAAAGUAGCACUGUGAAAGCAACGGGCAAGUAAUUUUUUAUUUUGCUUUGCUUCUGAACGCAAAAGCAUCAAGCCUGGGUAAGAAGGAGCUGCUCUGGAUUUGGUUGCAUUUGGUUUGGAUACCAAGCUGAAAUGGCAGAAUGCUUUGCAACUUGCUGGGAUAGAUCCUGAUGAUAAUUAUUUGAUUGCCAAAGAGUUGAUGGAGUAACGGCCUUGCCUAGUGAAUACAUGAAGGCUGGAGUUGACUUGAUGAACCUUGUCCUUGUGGGUCAGGGCAGAAGAAUGUACGUAGGGUAAGGGCAGAAGAAUGUACGUAGGUCUUAAGGUACCCAAGCCUUGUAUCACCACACAGAUAUCUCUUUCCUGUUCCGCAAUAUGGAAAUGGUUACGAAUGCAUAUUCUGGUCUUGGGUUUCUGAAGUUUAAAGGAAAUAUGAUAGUAGAUGAGUCAUCCAUCAUUUUAUUUAAAAAAAGUCUUUGAUUUGCACCUGGAAGAUGUCAUGCUGCUUUCAUAGGUAAUCAGUUUCAGCAUGAACCGUAAAUGGUGAAUUUCCUAGGAAGAUGGUGUAGUCAUACCCUUUACAUCUAAUUGGAAAUGUAUGUGAAGUCCUCCAGUUCUGCUAGAAUCUAAUGGAUCAUUGCAAAAAUCACCAUGGAGCAAUGUUGGCCCUUUCAUGAGUCCAGACCAGAGGCACAGAACCUGAGAGUUCUCAAUUAAUUUACCGUCUUUAUCUGAUAAUCCUCAGCAUAGUAGGGAGCUUAUAACUAGAGGUUAUAACUACAGAGAACUGAGUCACAUGGCUUGGAUCUAUUAUCAACCCAGUCUCUAGUAUGGAUCAUACAUUUUUUGUUGGUGGAAAUGGAGGUUGGAAAAUGCACAGGAAGCACAAGCCUGCCUCUUAGUGUACAAUAUUAAGAAGAUUGAUUUAUAGGAUUUUACAAAAGUAAUUUAUUUGGAAGCAAUUUUGUUUCUUCUAAACCACUUUUACAUCUUUUUGGAGAUAUAAAAAAAUUCCAUUCUAAAUCAUAAAAUUGGGUUAAAGUUGGUGUUAUUUAAAUCAGAUUAAAAGUUACUGUGACAUACGCAUAAAAAAUCAGAUCAGCGUUUAUGGCACAGCAGUGCCUUUUGAUUUACAGGGCAUUAUUUCAGGAGAUGGUUUUUGGGGCUGGUCCUAAAAGUCUUACUCUUUUUAAAAAUUCUCUUCUGCAAUGUAAAGUCAGGGAUCUGUGCAGUUCCUGGUGCUCUGGGAACUGGAACUGAUACCUGGGCAGCAGAUGGCUUCUCAAUUAGCACAGAAGCAGCACUGUGACCGUGUUGUGGGGUGCUGCACCGCUGUGGGUACAUAUGCUGCUUGGAUGGGACAUAAAAUCCAGUCCAUGAUUACCUGGCUCGAAUCCAAGUACCAUUUAGCCCUCCCUGCACCCUUCAUUUCCCCAAAGGGGGAAAAGAGCUAUCUUGAAAUUUCAAGUGUAUAUAGAGGUUUCUCACAACAACUUUAAGUGGCUUCUGGUUUACUUUAACUACUACUGUCAAACAGCUGUCACCUCGCACACAGCAAAAGAGUGCUGCAUUUUAGUCGUGGCGUUGAAAUGCCUGUGUGGGUGUGAUGCUACCACGGAAGUUGCAAGACUAGUAGUGUACUGCAUUAUUAUAUAGCUCUAUCCACAGGAAGCCCAAAGGCCCCUUAUUUUAACCUGCCAAGCUGCACCCCUAAAUGACCCCAAAAGAGUACACUAAUCCUAAGUAGGAAGUUCAAACCAUCUACAACAAGUAUGAAAUUGCAAGCAAGUGUGUUUUUUAUUUUUAAGCAUCACACUAGCUUUCUCUGGGAACUCUCACCUUGUUUUCCUUGUCUGAUAAAAAAAAUGGCUUAAAUGGUGUAAUCAUGUGAAUUGGGUAAUGACAUUUCUUUGCACGGAGCAGUGACUUUGUAACAUUGGUGCAAUGAAGUCAGCAACAGCUUCAUAGCAUUUGAAUAGUAAUGUCAGGGACUGGGGGACCCUUUUAAAACCCCACAUAGCUCAAUGUUGCAUGUAAGAGGAGAUGAACAAGGAGCAAGAGAGGAUGCCAUAUUACAUUUUACAGAAUGUAAAACCUUGACUGAAGCAGCACAGUGCAGAUUGGAACAUUCCAUAGAAGCAAGAUACAGCCAAGUUCCGAUGAAGGGAUGAGCCAUUGGUUAAAAAUGGGGCAACGAAUAGCAAGGGGAAGUAGGAAGGGUUUCAAAUGUAUAUGGUUAGCUCCUUACAGUAGAAGAUGCCUCUACCUUCACCUCCACCUUGGCAGUUGAACGGGUGUGCCACCCCUUAAGGGGUGCUGCUUCAGGCGGCUCCCUCAUCCUGCUUCAGGGGCAGUCCAGCUCUCCUAACAGCCAAUAAAUCAGCAAAUCUCUGACACUAUAAAGUUUGGGGUAUUCCCACUUCUGCAGUGUUUUGUGUAAACAAAAUAACUCCAUAGGAGUCUGGAACUGCAUGCCUAAUGUUUGAAAUAGGCUGCUACUGCCAAAUUCUGAGUUAUUUAUGAAUGCUGAACAAAAAUGCAGGUUUUUAAAAGAUGCAAAUUCCACCAGCAGGUGCGGAGGGGAGAAUUUAAGGCUUUCCUCCCCUGCUUCAGUCCUGAGGACAAUCCUUUUACUAAAGCUAGUAUUUGCUUUGGGGAAGAAAUUCCCCAUUGGCACCAAGAGAAUACAGGGAUGAGUACUGUGCUCUACAAAAAGAUAUGCAGCAGUCUGCCCAAACAGGCAGUUUGUAGCCAUGUCUAAGCAUGGUUCACUGAAGAAAAGAGGCGGGGAGUUAAACUGUAUAUCACUCUUGCUAACCUAGCAAGGUUGGGAAAGUAAGGAACCAUUAAAACUGCUUGCUCGUUGGAUUGUUCAUUUCACCAUUCUCUCCGUCAACUCCUAAUGAAUAAGCUGGCAGAAUAAAAACCUGUUCAGUCAUAUAUUGAUUAAAAUUUACAUUUGUAUAUUGUUUUCCUUCUUUAAUAGAAAUGUAGCAAUUGGCCUGCAAAAACAAUGGUGCUGUAGUGUCAGAAUGUAUAGACUCAGAUCUUAGGAUGGCAAUUGCAGAGUAGGAGCAUGUUUGAUUCCCUUGGGACAGAAGAUCAGUGUUCCCUGCUGCUGCCCAAACUUAGAAUUGUUAGGGAGCAAGGAAGAUGUCGGCCUUUCUAUGCAGCACCCCAAGGACCAAUUGAGUGGACCUGGAGCACAGUCAUCAACACUAAACUUGCCUUUUACUUGUUUUAUUCUUUGCAUUUAUGCCCCACCCUCCCCCAAAGGAACUUGGGAAAACAUAAAUGAGGGUUUGCCCCCAUUCUGUCCUCACAAGAAUCCUGUGAGAAAAGCUGGCCCAGGGGCUGACCCAGAGUCACCCAGUGAUUUUCAGAGCAGAAUAGGAGUCCAACUGCAAUCUUCUUAGCCACACUAUACCACCCUAAUUCUGGGUGACUCUGCCCUUCUUGCCAGGUAUAGGAUGAAAUCUUUACAGCAUGGGUGCAAAUUAUUUGUUUGUCCUGUGGAGAAGAUUAGAAGAAUCUACACAGCUGACUCUAUGAUUUGUGCUUGUGGUGAGCUCUUCCGCUAUAUAAUUAGUUGUGCUCAGAAGCAAGCUCACUUGUAGGCAUGUGAACUUGCCCGUUUGCUAAAAUCAAAAAUUAAUGUUCAGCAAACAGUUCUGUCUGCUUGUGUAGCUGCUUGCCAUAUAAACAGAAGCAGAGAAUGUUAGGUACACCACUGUGUAUUUUUCUUUUAUUUCAAUAUCUGCAAGAUUAUGCUAAUUAAAGAUUGAUAAAUAAUAAACCAAAGACUACAGGCAAUGUAAGUUUUCUGCACCAAAAAAGAAGGAAAGAAAUGAAGGCAGUACUGUACUCCUGGAGAACUUUUAUUUAAAUCAGUUCUCUAUAGCUAUAACAAUGUUUGUUGUUAAAAGCAGACUUCACAUUGUUCAUGAAAGGUACAGCGAGACAAAAUAAUGCUUGCUAUUAGAUUUUGCCUGUCAUGUCCAUACAAUUUUAACAGCUCAGUCCAGUGGUGCUGGGUAUAGGGGGCGGAGGGGGCUUCAGCUCUCCCAAUACUUUUUGGCAGGGGGUAGCGCGCCCCCCAAUAUUGAGGGGGCUGCCACCACACACUGCCGCAGCUGCAUGCACAUCCCAGCGCCAGCCUCUGCCCAGCAACCCAGACUCCACACAGCUGGGACAAGAGUGGGCGGUCUUUGCUUCACUUGUCCCAGCCAUACCCUGGCUCCUGGGCUGUGGCUGGGACAAGCAAGCGCGGAGAUCACCCUCCACAGGUCUUGUGGGCGGCAUCACGUGACGCAUCACAUGACUGCGCCCCCUUAAGGUGGGGGGCAAGUCGGCACCCCUGGCUCAGUCCUAACUAUACUUAGAAAACUUGGAUGUACUAUUGAUUUUAACUGCAAGAGAGGUAGUCAUAUUAGUUGCAGGAGAAACAUAAAAGAGUCUUAUGGCGCCUUCAAGACUAAUUCAUUUAUUUUGGGACAAGCUUUUUUGAGCUACACCUACUCUAAUCAGAUACAUGGAGCUUUUCCACACUGAGGUUUAUUGUGUGUUUGUAGCUGUUUGCUUUCACAUUUAAUUUGUGUAGUCCACAUGAUGUUACCCUCAAACAACACCAAUCUUGAUGUUGAGUAAAUUUGGGUUCACCCAACAAUGGACAAUCAGGUAAGUUGGGGGGAACUGGGCUCCAAGCUGUUCCACUUGGGGUUGCAUACAAUUUGUGUGUUUUGGGGUGAAUAGAUCUGUUGUUACUUUGUGCUAUACCCCAUUACAUGGCAAAAGGCGCGAGAGGAUGGUCUCUGGCCACACUGCAGUUUAAAUUACCUGCGGCCAUGCCUCCUGCCGGCACUGAUUGGAUGGCGGGGCCACCCCUGGUCAGGGCCCUGCCCUAGCACCGGCAACAUGGCCAGACAGCAUCAAGGAGGCCGUCAGUCUCCACCCCCAGCCAGAUCAUUGCAGGGGCUGAGGCCCAGCCACAACGCCGCCCACCAGAGAAGGUGAGCAGACUUGUGCUAUGCCCCAUUACAUACACACUGCUUUCUCAAUGUUUUCAUUUCUUUAUGGCUGCACUUGUAACUCUUUUCAGCUCGGAAGGAAGAAAGAAACAUUGAACUCAGUGUAUAUAGCAUUAUAUGCUGAAUGUUUUAAAGAAGAGGAAAAAUCUGAUGGUGGCAGUGGGAGCCCUGUAUAUUAAAUUCGGAUGUCUGUUGGCUUCCUAUGAAGCCAGAGAACGGGAGGACAAUUUACACUGUAAAGGGCAACAUGGGGAGAUGGAAGGAGUUGCUGAAUACUUCCACUGAAAACUGCUUCUCCCCAGCUGUGUUCUUCCCAGUGAGACUCCCAUGCCUAGAAAUAAUCCCCUUUAGGUAAGACUGAUAUGUGACCCCAGUGUUAAUUUGAAAAAUAGUGGAAACAUGAAAAUGCAACACGUCUAUGAAACACUGUUUAAACGGAUGGUUCAGGGAUGCGUUUGGUAUAAGGAGUUCAUCUGUUACAUCUGAAUUGAACUGAAUAAUGCUUUUUAUCCCCUCCAAGUCAAUUUCCAUUAUAUUUUUUAUAAUAUUGAUUUUUAAAAUCUCUUUGGAGGCAGCCAUCUCCUUGUUCAAAGGACUUCAGUUGUCCAUUUCUCUUGAAUCUUAUACUGUAGGAAACAUUUUUACAGAUUUUAAGCACGUUUUGCCUCCCUGAGCUGGAUUGGAUUUGCAGGAGAUCCUCUAAGGCCUUUACUCGCUUUGCCAGAAGUGGAGGCAUGGAUUGCAGCUCUCACUUUUUCUGCAGGAGUGCUACACUGCAGCUCUUUCCCCCCCUCUUUAGCUGUUCUAGCUCUGCAGUCACCAAGGUCAGCAGAUACAACUCCAAACACUCCAGAGGACUGAACUACUGAGGAAGAUGAGCCCAGUUUGAGCUGUUAAAAGAUUAUACAUGCUCUGCUCCCAAUGGAGGAUGGAUUCCUGUUUCAGAGGUCUGAUGAACCCCUGUCUAUAAUGUACCUGCCACCGUCACUGUUGAAAAGCAGUGUUAUAGUGUUACAAGAGGAGCAGCCCCAAUUUCUGACUUCAUGUGUAAAGUGGUGAUAUACACAUAGAAUCAUAGAAUCAUAGAGUUGGAAGAGACCACAAGGGCCAUCGAGUCCAACCCCCUGCCAAGCAGGAAACACCAUCAGAGCACUCCUGACAUAUGGUUGUCAAGCCUCUGCUUAAAGACCUCCAAAGAAGGAGACUCCACCACACUCCUUGGCAGCAAAUUCCACUGUCGAACAGCUCUUACUGUCAGGAAGUUCUUCCUAAUGUUUAGGUGGAAUCUUCUUUCUUGUAGUUUGGAUCCAUUGCUCCGUGUCUGCUUCUCUGGAGCAGCAGAAAACAACCUUUCUCCCUCCUCUAUGUGACAUCCUUUUAUAUAUUUGAACAUGGCUAUCAUAUCACCCCUUAACCUCCUCUUCUCCAGGAAGAGAAGAGGAGGUUAAGGUCCUACUGUACACAUACAGUAGGAUCGUGUCUUGCUCAGGGUUUACUUUCUGAGGGGGUAGUACGUAAAGCCAAAGUUGUGUAUAUUCAAAACAAUCCCCUGGAACCACCCCAGCACAAGCAAUUUUACCUUCCAAAGCCUGCACGAGAUCUUGCAAGGGCUUCCAAGAUUUUGUGAAGGCCUCCAGAACCCACAGGAGACCUUCCCAAGCCCAGUAAGCAAGGCAAGGAACUCUCCGACUUGCAUACAUUUAAUAUUAGUGUGAUAUCAGCUGGCCAGCCACCAGGCGCGUCAGGUUGCAGUCGCACAAGUUAAAUCAGCACAAGUUGUGAUCCUACUGUACAUGUGCAUAUAUGCCAAGGUUGCAGUCUUUUCCUGCGGAAGGAGGAACAGUUGUGGAGAUAUAUGCAGUGUUACAUAGUUUGCUGCGUGUGUGAAAGAAAUUGUGCCAUCUAAGUCUCCCUGCCCUAAUAUUCUGUACAGCAGAAAAAUCCCCAGCAGAUGCAUAUUCAAGCCCCAAAGGAGAUUUCACAACCUCCCUCCCUAGACAGCUUCUUGUGUACAGCUAGAAAGUUGGCUGUUAUUCAGAUCUCUGGGGAGACCAUUUCAAGCAGUAGAAGCAGACCUAUUUCAGGGUUGCUUUCCUAACCCCUUUCCCCUGGAGAGAGAAUCCAUGAUAGCUCCGCAGCUCCCUCCAUGGUGUAUCACUAUUCAGCCAAUGGGAGGCAAUGCCUCUCUUAAUAUAUAUGGCAAAAGGUCUGUCAUUAUUGUUGUUUAUUAAUUUUGCAUAACUAACUAUUAUAGAAAAUUAAUCGAAGAAAAAAUAGAUGUGUCCCAGCUCUGAUUGAUUUAAUAUUUAGUUAGCAGUGCUGAUACAGUCCCUUCCCAGAGCACUUAUAGUCUAUAUUAAACUGGCUGGCAGGGAUACACAGAGAGGUCAUGGUUUGACAGAGAACUAGAAAUGAGGUAAGGAAGAAUUUGGAGUACAAGGUAAGGUUAAGCUGUUUCUAGAAACACAUAGUGAUGAAGCUAGUCUUGAGGAGGGAAGGAAGUGACUUGAUGAAAAAGAGAGGGGAUAUGAUACAGUCGCUGAAAGUGUCAUGGCAAGAUUCACAGUGGAAUAAAAAGCACACCAAUAGCAGCUAAUCUUGUUGGGAUGUUGAAAGAGUGCAGGGGAAAUAAGGAGAGAUGUGAGGCAUGGUAUGCGGACAGAGAUGUGGAGCAGCUUUGCAAAUAGGGACUGGAGGGUUAUAGAAGGAGUUAUGUGGAAGUGUAAAGAGAGAGGAAUGUGAACAUAGCAAUGGGAUGACAACCUGAAACAAAAUAAUAAUAAUAAUAAUAAUAAUAAUAAUAAUAAUAAUGGAAGAUGUGCAGGAGCGAAAGCCAGAAAUGUGGAGAUUAGAACAAUUUAGAUAAGAGCUGACCCCAGCAUGGACAUGUUGUCCAGGUUAUUCAAAAAUAGAAAAAUUAUGGUUCUUUAAAGGGAAUUUAAUAACAUGUCAUCUAAACAAAAAUAUUGGAGCAUUAAGAGGAAGACGUUGCUCGUGGUGAGUACAUAUGUAGGGCUAAUGUCUUUGUUGGAUAUUCAAAUAGCAGAAUGGGAGCAAAUGAGUGGGUAAUACAUGUCAUAGGUAUUCUGGCUUGGGCGGGGUAUAAAUAGUAAAUUAUUAUUAUUAUAUCAGUAGGCAAAGCCAUAUUCAUUUUUGUGGGGAAAGCAGCAGAAACUGUUUACCAGGAAAAUAUCGUUAUUUAAGGUAGGCAGCCAUACUCCUACUGUUUCUAGAGGAAUACAUUUGCAAUGCAUACUACAGUCUGCGUAGUUCAGUCUGUUGGAAAUCUGAACAAAUAGGAGGCUUCCAUGGCAAAUGGAGUGACUGAAUUCCCAUACAUAGAUAUCAUCCAGAAUAGCAGCUUUCUGAACAAAUCAUAUCUUUGUAGAUAUCUACAAAGAGAUAAAUAAAAUCAAUAGAAUAAACAUGUGCUUAGAAGAGGUUUUAGGGAUGAUGACUGCCUAGCACUGCCUUCUGCAUUGCCUAAAGUCUUAGACAACUUCCCUUUGGUUUUAAAGAGUAAAUGAAAGAACAUGCAAAAAUAAUCUGUGACAGUACAGCCCUUCAGCUAAUAAGAUAAAGUGACAUAUGAUUUGUGUCAAGCUUCUAGCAGAGAAUAUAACAGAAUCUGAAUCUGAAAUAGUAAAGAGAGUUUGAAAGACAAGACACUACUGGUGUGUUCAGCACUGUUGUUUUAGUGAUUAUCAUUGCUAAACGCACCUCUACAUAUUGUAUGUACACAUGGAUUGAAUCCUCUUGGAAUUGCAGGAUUGAGAUUUAUUUAUUUUAAUUUAUUUCCCUAAAAUAACACACUGAAUUUGUGCAGUAGCAUUCAUUUAUUGCUAUAAAUGCAAAUCAGUUUGAUGUGCUUUGCCAGAACUGGGGGGGUGGGUGGGGAUUUUGAUAUGGACAUGCGAAGUGACCUGGUUCCAGACCUGGAGGGAAAUUGAAUUUAUCUUCUGUUGAAAAAUUAAAGGAACAAAUUAAUGUAAGAUUGCAAUCCUAAAGACACUUACUGAGAGUAAACCACGUUGAACUCACUGGCAUUUACUUUCAAGUAAACAUGCUUAGUGUUAUACUGUACAUUUGCUAAAGAUAUCUACAUACCUUGAAUGUACACAUCCACCUUUGUACUAUGCUAGGAAAGGAAUAGUGGGAGAGCUCUGUUCACACCAGUCAUUGGAAGAUUUUUUAUCUUUUUAAUAAGGUUGAAGUUGUUGAGGAGGUGAUGACAUCAUCCCACCAACUCUCCUCUUCCCCUAAAGAUAAAUGAUUUAAGUUAGCUACACCUCAAUCUCCCAACCUGAGAUUCUGGAUGCCAAGUUGCACAGGAAUUGGACCUUAGAUAAUAUUUUGAACUGCAGGAGUCAGGGAAUCAGACCCAAAUCAGGACAACAAUUACAAAAUCAAUUAGAAAGCAACUCCACCAGGAGGAACGUUUCGUAACAAUGUUCAUAAUUGUGAGUCAAGUCACUACACCUCUCAUGAUAUUUGAGAAUUUAAUAAACCAAACCACAAAUUGGAGAAAAGGCAUACUGUCAAAUAUCUAGAGAAAUUUAUUAGCUCAAACAUUGGGAGCACAUGACAGACUUAAAAGAAUUGGGGAACAUUAACUCUGGAAAUUGGCAAGGUUAAGUGGAAAAGGAUUUGAAGCAAAGCACUGUUGAAACAAUUUCUGCUAGAGUCAGAGAGAACUCUUUAAAGAUGGCAUUUCGCUGGUACCUUAUUCCUCACAUACAAAAUAGAAUGACUAACACGGUUUCUCCAUCAUGUUGGAGGCAAAGUGAGAACUGAGGAACAUUUUUCCUUAUGUGGUGAUAAUGUGAGAGAAUUGCAACAUCAUGAGGAGGAGUUUUCCAUGGUACAAUUGGUAAUCAGUCCUUGCUUCCAGACCCACACUUGGCAUUAUUACAUAUAUUUGAGGGGCUGUGCACAAAAAACUCGUAACAUUCUUACUGAUAGCAGCUAGACUGCUAAAAUUGAAGGUCUUGCAAUAAUUCCUUUCUGGAUAAUUGGUACCAGGAAGUAUGGAAAAUGGCAUUGAUGGAAAAACUUGUGCAUCAGACAACUUUCAAGCUGGUUAGUAUUGCUUCAUUACUCAUGCAAAUAUGCCAGAGCAUGGAUUCAGUCACCAAUUAUCCCUGGACAACUUUGGAUAAGCAAUCUUAAGACCUGUGAAUCCAUAAGUAUAAUAUCAAACAUGGACUCAUUCUGGACCUGAUUAUUAAAUUGAUAUAUUGGUAACAUGACUCCCACUUAACUAAUAUUAUUCCUAUUAAUACUAAAUACAUGAUUUUCUUUUUCUAAAAAAGAGAGGUAGAAGUUUUUGUAUAACCUACCUCCUAUCCCAUAUGCUACGAAGAUGUGGCAAUUGAUCAUUGUAAAUUCUAUAUACCAGGCAUAGGCAACCUCGGCCCACCAAAUAUUUUGGGACUACAAUUCCCACCAUCCCUGACCAUUAGUCCUGUUAGCUAGGGAUCAUGGGAGUUGUAGUUCCAAAACAUCUGGCAGGCCGAGGUUGCCUAUGGCUGCCAUAUACCUUACACGCUCCAUGCAGUUUUCUCAAACCAUGCAGAAUCCCAGCAGUCUGAACACACCCAAAGACAUUUUUCAUCUUUAUGGCAGUUCACAAUAUUGUAAUUACUCUUUCUUGUUUAAUUGUUUGCGCCUAUAUGAUAGGCACUGGCAUCUAUUAAACUGCCUUACGGAGCAGUGCCAAGAGACGUGACCUUUGGGGUGAUGUGCAAAUUUCAAAUGGGGAGACAGCUUGUAUGUGGGGGUGUGGGGCAAUGCAAAAGUUCACUUCAGACAUGGCAGAUUGCACUUUCUCUUCCCCUCCCCACCUACUUUGACAUCCAAAAUAGCCCUCAGUUGUGAUGUUGAAUGACUGACAUUCAAGUCUGUAUAGUUACUGUGGUAUAUAGCUUAUAACACCAUUGGUUUGUUUUUACACUGUUCGUCCUUAAUAUAAUAAUAUGCAAUUCCAGAAGCCUAAUGUUUGCAUGAUCACUCACUCCCCAUAUUUUCAAAUAGAGAGUCUUAGCAUUCAGGUGACAAAAUGAAAUAAGUGACAGGGCUGGAGAAGGUUCCUAUAGAUGGGAAGGAGUCCUAAAGCUUACAGGAAAAUACGAUCUCAAAAAAACUGCCACCUCUCUCCUGAAAAUCAGAGGGGACUGAGAGCCAUGUAUGUACGGUGCCCUCCUGAUGCCAGAGAGCAGAUGCAAGCUUUAGCUACCAAAAUUGGGAGUUGGACCCAAUACGCAAACUAUGAUUUAUUUUAUGGUAUUGCAUACUUAUACCUUCUGCCUCUGUUUCUUUAUAGCAUCCUUGCUUCUGAAACAUUAAGUAGAGGCCUCUGAAUACUAACUGCUGGG